GAGCAAGCAGGUAGAGAGCGAACGAGAGACGAGCUGCGCCUUCCGCAGUUUUGCCCGGAGAGGCGGAGAGAGCAGAGCGGAGCGUAAAAGCGCAGCAGGCAUCAGCCGCCGCCGACCGUCGUCCCGAAGCAGGAAAAAAAGAGGAGCCCGUAGCGACAGCAAGAGUGCAAGGCCUCCAUCGUCCGACCCCUUCCAGCCCCGGCUCGGCUAUGGGGAAGAUCCAGCUCUUCGAGAUCCGCCUGGGCGACAGCCGCGUCGUCUACAGCCCCGGCGAGCCUCUGACUGGCACGGUCACCGUCCGCCUGGCUGGAGCGCUCCAGUACCGCGGUGAGCGAGCAAGUAGGAAGGGAGCGGGAGGGGAGGGGGACUCCGUUUCCCACGUCCGUUCCACUACCCUCUCCACGUCUUCCUAUUCCCAUUAACCCUCUGCGCGAAGCCUGCUUGCGAAUAGGUGCAGGGGUGCACAGCUGUCGGGACACUUUUUUGGGUGGUGGUGGGGGGGGGACCUUUCCACCUGUCGUCCAUCUUCUUUCACUCUCUAAGCCCCCUUGCAAUUAGGCGCCGAGGCUCACAGUCGCACCGUGGAGCGCCAGGAUUACUUUCUUCUUCCCACUUUCUUUCGUGGGGGAGAAAGAGGAGUGGCUUUGAUGUGCGCGCAGCGGGGGGAAGUUUAAUUAUGGUUGAGGAAAAUAUCCUCUGUCUAUGCUCAGGGACUGUGUAUUGUAUCUUUGCCUGGUUUUGGGCAGCGAGACUUUAUUUUGGGGCGUUGAAGGAGGCCUUAACGUCAAAUAAGCCACACCCCACAACUACCUGUCUGAAAUGAUAACUUUUUUCCUGUUGUCUGUGGCUCUGUCUCCCUCUGCCCCAUGUCUUUGCUGCCAUGUGGGUGUGUUUCUCUGUGUGUGGCUUCUGUAGGUCUAUGGUGGUAAAAAACUUAACCCCACCCAGAUCCGCUGAAGUGGUGGGAUGAAUCUUAAAAUACUUUAGGACCUACAUUUUUAUUAUUGUAAGUUGUUUUAAACUGUUGUUGACAUUUUGUUUUAGUGUUAUAACCUGCUCUGGGACCCUAGGGUUAAAGGCAGGUAAUAAAUUAAUAAUAGUAAUAGCCACACACAAGGAACCCCCCCCCCCCCAAUUGUCUGGCUAACUCUUCAGCAUUCUUUCGGAAAGGAGUGCCCCAGAGGCUUGACUCCUGAGUGAGUGGUCAGGUCUGGUAAAACCGCUUUCUGUAUGCUUUGCCUUGUGACGUGAUUGUGUUAGGAGCUUCUGAACAUGUGGAGAGUGCUUCAAGUUCUUAGUGCUUGAGUAAUCUUAAGCAUCUGAGCUUAAUGGGCUCAAUGCUUCCAGAUUUGGUGGAGUAGGAGAGUGACAGGCACCCCAGAACUCUCUUAGUAGAACUUAAGUGUGUUCAACACAGUUAGGGAGUUUGUGUGAACUGGGGUGGGGAGUGGUCUUCUGGAAGGGGACAGUGUUCUGUUUGGUUUAAGGCGGGGUGGGCAGGAGACAACCUGUGGCUUUUCAGAUGUCACUGAAGUCCAACUCCCACCAGUGCCAACCAGCAUGGCUAUUAGUAGAGGAUUAUGGGAGCUGUGGCUCAGCAACAUCUGCAGUGCCACAGGUUUCCCCACAUGUAUAAGAAGCAACCCUGAGCAUUCUGAAAUAUUGGUUGCAGGGGAGAGACAACUUUUUCUAUAUUCAGCUGAGCCAGAAUGAAUCAAAUAUACCAAAAGUCCAAGUUGCAUCCCUCCUUGUUGAUGGUUGACUGAGGCCACAAUCCUGUGCAUGCUUACCUGAGAGUAAGCCCUACUGAGCAUAAAACAACUUGUUGUAGACAUGUAUAUCAUUGCUCUAUCUGUGGCAUAAACUCCGGACAAACCUUUUUCUGCACGAGGAGAAAAAGGCUGGGUAAGAUAUAUUAUUACAUUGACUUCUUGAAUUUUAUGGCUUCCCACCAACCUUGCAUGGUAGGUGGGUGACUGGCCCAUAGUGACUAGGUGAGUUUUGUUGAGUGAGGAUUUGAACCCAAAGCUCCCUAGCUCUGAUCCAAUGCUCUUAGCCACUACCCCAGAGGUAGCCAAUGUGCCCGUCAGAUGUUGCUGAAGUGCAACUCAACCGUGACCAUUGGCUGCACUUGACUGGGCCUGAUGGGAGCUAGAAGUCUGGAAACAUCUGGCAGGCCCCAGUACACCACUAGCUAUACCUGCACUAUUAGACGCAUGAAUAGCCUCUGGAGGCAGAGUGACUUGCUGUGCCCUUUGCGUGGAUGCGCAUAAUGUGUGAAAUGUAUGUAGCAUUGACAUCUGGAAAUUGGAACAUAUGGUGGACUUGGAUAAGCAGGUUAGGCUUGGGUGUUGUGUGGCCAGGUGGUGGUUGGGGAAGGUGUAGAGCAGAGCUUUCCAAACUUUUCAUGUUGGCGACGCACUUUUUAAGACAUGCAUCAUUUCACGACACAGUAAUUCAGUUUUACUAGCAAACCAGAGGUUAAACUAACCCCUUCCCAGCCCUAGAAGGGAGUGUGGGGAACGUUUGCGUGACACACCUACGCACUGCAGCCUGACACAUUAAUGUGUCGCGACACACAGUUUGGAAAGCUCUGGCACAGAGGAACCUGGAUAAAACAGAUGCCUACUUUGGGAGUGGAUGUGGAAGUAGAUUUCCUUCAACUGUGCGGAUCUGCAAGGUAGGGAUUUGAAGCUUCCAGUUUUCUUGUUUUCAACCUCUCCCAAUGAGAUAUAAUGCCAUGAUAUUCAUCAGCAGAUAGGGAGACUUCUACCAGCCUGAGGUCCGCAUUCCUCUCCUAGGCAGUGUUCCAAGGGUUGCAUGACAAUGGCGGGCACAACCAGAACCCAAAAGUAAAUGGAACAAUGGCUUGUACAGUAGGCUAUAGUACACCAAAACCAAGAUCAAGUUCAGUCUAUAAUUUUUAUUAUGAUGACCCACCCUUUAGCAGCAGGUCCCAGGGCAGGUUAGAAUAAUUUAAAAUCCAGUAUUAAAAGCAGUGAAAACAGACUGCAGUCACAGGAAUGGGGUGAGCUUUAAAGUCACAUAGUUCAGGUUUGUCUGCAUAUACACACAAUCUUCCAUUCUUCAGUCACACAGAAGCACUCAAGGAGUGGAAAGGGGUGUGGUCUGGGAAGAGGGGGUGUGGCUUGCAGAGAAGGAAUGGCCAUAUCUGGCCCUCUGGUCCUGAGAUUUCCCCCUUCCUGAUAUUUGUAGUUCAGUUCUUGAGCGCUCAAAGUGAUUUUCUUAUAUCUCCAGUUGUUCUCACAGUAGCCCUCUCAGGUAGGCUGAUGAUAUUAAGCACAUAGUGCAGCUUGUGUAGGUUGGACUUGAGUUGUUAUUAUGUUAUUAUUAUUUAUUAAGUUUAUAUACCUGUACCCACACUUCACAAGAUAAAAUCGCAAUAUAAAAACGCAAAAUGCAUAAUCAAAAUAAGGCAGCUCAGUGAAGUCCCUGUUGGAGGUGAGGUUCCAAUGGGGAGGGGUACUUCUUCAUCAUGCACAGCAAAUACUUCCACAUGCUUACUGGGGGAGUAAGUCCCCCUGGGGCUUAGUAAAUUGACUUGGUAUAGCUCAACCUCAGGAUGUUUACUCACAAGUAAGCCCCUUUAUGUUCAGUGGGAAUUCCUAGCAGGUGUGCUUCAGGCUACAACCCUAAUAUCUCUUGGCCACCUUUGUUAGAACUUUUAUUCCAAAUUAUAACCUAUAUUUCUUCUGAGUAUGCCUAGUAACUGAGAUGGUAAGUAUCAUUGCAAUGGCCUUGCAAAGAAGUAGGAUAGACUGAGAGGUGGUGAUUGGCCCAAGGCCACCCAGUGAACUUCAAGGCUGAGUGGGCAUUUGGACCUGGUGUGACACUCUAACCGGACUGGCCCAUGGUCAGAGAGGAUGAGAAUUUUAGUACAACAGCCAGUUGUGCUGUGGUCUGUUGUCAGAGACCUGUUGCUAUUUCUGCAGCAGGGGCCCUGCUUCUAGCAUUAUAGAGCCGUUCCAUCAGCAUGAAAGGGGGCUUUUUAGCCACUGUGUACUCUAAAUCGGGAUGCAGGUGGCCCUGGGAUGCAGGUAGUGCUGUGGUCUAAACCACAGAGCCUAGGGCUUGCUGAUCAGAAGGUUGGCGGUUCGAAUCCCUACGAUGGGGUGAGCUCCCAUUCUCGGUCCCUGCUCCUGCCAACCUAGCAGUUCGAAAGCACGUCAAAGUGCAAGUAGAUAAAUAGGUACUGCUCCAGCGGGAAGGUAAAUGGCAUUUCCGUGCGCUGCUCUGGUUCGCCGGAAGUGGUUUAGUCAUGCUGGCCACAUGACCUGGAAGCUGUACGCCGGCUCCCUCGGCCAGUAAAGCGAGAUGAGCACCACAACCCCAGAGUCAUCAGCAACUGGACCUAAUGGUCAGGGGUCCCCUUUGCUCCUUACUCCAAAUCUAAGUAUUUAGGAUUACUGAAAACACAAGGAGCUCCAUUUCCAAGAGCAUGGCAUGCAAGCUCUUUUAGGUACAAUGGAACUCCACAGGAAUCACAGUUCAAGUCAUUCUGAAAGAAGAUAUUGGAUUACAUGCCUACUGCCCCAGGAAAUUAUUUUCUAUGAAAUAUUCCAAAAUUACACCAAGCUUAACUCUGCAUUGUCAUGCAAGACAAUGUCAAGAAUACUGCCCUAUGCCAAUCAUAGUGUACAUAGGGUGGGGUUUAUACUCCCAGUGCCUUAUAGAUUUCUAAAUACACUAUGUUUUGGGCAACCAGAAACCAUACACUUGCAGAGCUAGGAGAGUGUUUCCUCUCUAGUUGUCCCAGUGUUGUCUAGUUGUCCCAGUGUUGUCUCUAGGUCAACACUAAGUUUUCUUUCCAGGGUAGGGAACCUUUUCCAGCCUGGGUGCCGCAUUCCCUUCUGGGAAAGCUUCCAAAGGUCAGUGGUUGGUGGGGUCAGAGGCAAAAGUGGGUGGAGCAAGUAAUGUAAAUCAUUUAAUGCACAGUAGCCAAAAUUCUACACUCACUUGCAUACCCUUCUCCAUCCUUCAGCCAAACAAGGAGGAGGCAUGAUAAGAAUUCAAGGACAUACAGCGGACACUUGGGUUGCGAACGUGAUCCGUGCAGGAGGCACAUUCACAACCCGCAGCGCCGCGUCUGUGCACUUGUAGGUCGUGACUCGGUGCUUCUGCACAUGUGCAAAGCGCAAUUUAGUGCUUCUGUGCAUGCGUGAGUGCCGAAACCUGGAAGUAACCUGUUCUGGUACUUCUGGGUUUGGUGCGGUGCGCAACCUGAAAACGCGCAACCUGAAGCGUCUGUAACCCGAGGUAUGACUGUAUUCUAGCCAGGCAAAAACACUGAAAAAAAGGGGUGAGGCAUGUGAUCUAGGGAAAGUUCUGAGGACCAGAUAGAGAGGAGUGGAGGACCACAAUGGGAUUCUGGGUCUCUCUGUUCCUUAUUCCUAAUGGUUCCUGGGUCUGAAAAGGUUGACGACAACUGUCCUGAAGGAUACAGUCUUGGUUGUGUCAUUGUAGGAUAGGAUGUUGUUCAAAGCUAUGGGACAAGGAUAACUGUGACUUUAAAGGUGAAUGGGAACCCUUUACAAAGUAUUUGAAGACGCAACAAAGCGAACUGGACUCCUUGGCUGGCUUUGAAUAAACAUUCACAAACUUUUUAUUGAUAAUAAUCAGCUAAAUAGUUUGAGGAUCUAUACCACUUUGUAACAUGCAGAAAACAGCAUUCUCAGAGAAAUCAAAGACUGGAACUGAGGGAAGCCGGGGGUGUGUGUGUGGGAGGGAGGGGGGGAGGGAGGGAGGAAAAAUGGGGGGGGGGGGAAAUAAGGUUGAUAUGUUUCUGGAUAAUAUGUUUUGUUUUAAUUUUGAAUUUUUUUUUAAAGGAUGAUGUUCAAAGCUUAGGGUGCAUCCCUCCACUUCCUUACUUUUAAGUGUGUUUUGGGGUCACCCCAGGUUUAAUAGCAUAGAACUAACAAACAGGCUCUUACUGAAGAUUGUUCUUCUGCAUUGCACAUGGGACAGGUCCUCAGUCAUGGAGGUGUAUUGGCUAUGGGAUAGUUAGGUCAUAUAAGUAUCAACUUCUUAUCGAGCCUCUGCACUUUUAAAAAUGUAUUGUUGUUAUUUCUGAAAUACAUGCAACAGGCAAACAUAGACAACAGCAAUCAUAUUGUGGCUGAUCCCUAAAUGGGGAUGCAUGGAGAAAAUAACAGUCUUGAAAGGUAUCAGACAUGUACCGUAUUUUUCGCUCUAUAACACGCACCAGACCAUAACACGCACGUAGUUUUUAGAGGAGGAAAACAAGAAAAAAAAUAUUCUAAACGAAACAGUGGAUGUAUUAUUUUUGUGGUUCAUGCUGUGGCCACAGACAUGUGAUCUGACAGUGAGUUUAGAGUAGCCCAAUGCAAAAAUCCUGAGGAUCCAUGUGGAUCCAUGCUUUGUAACCACGUUUUUGCACCACUGCGACCCCAGGCAACAGUGGGUGUGUGGUUUUUUUGGUACAAGAUGUAGCCAUGGACAUGCUAUGUGAUCUGAUGGUGAAUUUGGGGUGACCCAGUGCAAAAAUCCUGAGGAUCCAUGUGGAUCUGUGCUUUGUAACCACGUUUUAAGUGGGGAGGGAAGGAAAAGCACUCAAGGGACAAGGAGCAUGCAUGGGGUGUGUGGAGAAGGAUGCUGCUAAUAAUGCUAUUUAGCGAGCUGAGUGGGGAGGAGAGAGGGACAGAGAGCCUGCUUGCUUUAAAGGAGCCAACCAGACAGGAGCCGCUUACCUCUCCUCUCCCGCUUUGCUCCUUUAAAGCAAGCAGGCUCUCUGUCCCUCUCUCCUCCCCACUCAGCGGCUCUUCUCCCGCUUUGCUGUUUCAAAGCAAGCCAGGAGGAGGGAAGGAAGGGGAACCAUGGAUCCUCUGCUCACGACUGCAGCAGAUCCCCCCCGCCACCCGUAGGCAUUCACUCCAUAACACGCACAGACAUUUCCCCUUACUUUCUAGGAGGAAAAAAGUGAGUGUUAUGGUGCAAAAAAUACGGUAUAUUCAUUUCUUAAAGAAUUCAGUCCAAUAAGUCUCUCCACAGGUUAUAGUGGAGAGCGUGCUUUGUCCCCAGAUUGUGGGAAUCUGGAAUGGGGAGCUAAUAACCCACUUUGACCUUGUGAAAAGUGAACUAUUUUGUUGUUUUUAAAGUUAUCCACUUCUUGGACAUAAGGUGACUUGAAGGCAAUUCUCUGUAGUUAACAGAUAAAACCGUGCUACUAUAUAUAUAUAUAUAGAAAAAAACCAAAACCACCAUAUCUUCUUGAGUUUUCCUCUGUCCCUAUAAACAGGUGGAAAAUCUGUGGCUCAUCAGGUGCACAAGAAUAUUAAGAUUUGAUUGGUAAUUUUGCUGAUGAUUUUAUAGUUUAUAUUCUUUUUGUAAAUUGAUUUGAGAUAUUUAUUAUUUAUUUAUUUUUACAACCAAGUGGCAUAUAAUUGUAUGAAACAAACCAAAAAGCCACAUGGCUGGGGGAAUACCUUGAGUUUUCCAGAAAUCUUCAUCAGGUGUGAUCAAGGUUGGGGAGCCUCAGUUCCAGGGGCCAAUUGUGGCAUUUCCAAACCUUUCUGUUUGGCCCUAUGAUGCACCCCAGGACAUCACCAUCAUACCCCGCCCAACUGACUGGGUUGACCCAGCCACUCUUGGGGGCUGUGGAGAUGCCUUAUGCUUUUCUGGAAGGAGGAGGGUGAAAGUAUAUAUUUAGCUGGUGGUGAAGCCAUCACUGUCUGUAUCUUGGGUUAAGAACAUAAAAAUAGCCCUGAUGGAUCAGGUCAAAGGCCCAUUUAGUUCAGCCACCUGUUCUCACAAUGGCCAACCAGAUGCCCCAAUGGGAAGCCUGCAAGCCAGACCUGAGGGAAACAGCAGCUUGUGAUUCCCUGCAACUGGCAUUUAGAGGCAUAUACCGUAUUUACCAGGGGAACGCAGGUGGCGCUGUGGUCUAAACCACUGAGCCUCUUGGGCUUGCUGAUCAGAAGGUCAGCAGUUCGAAUCCCUGUGACGGGGUGAGCUCCCGUUGCUCGGUCCCUGCUCCUGCCAACCUAGCAGUUUGAAAGCAUGUCAAAGUGCAAGUAGAUAAAUAGGUACCGCUCUGGCGGGAAGGUAAAUGGCAUUUCCAUGCGCUGCUCUGGUGUCAGUGUUCCGCUGUGCCAGAAGCGGCUUAGUCAUGCUGGCCACAUGACCUGGAAAAACUGUCUGCGGACAAACGUCGGCUCCCUCGGUCUGUAAAGCAAGAUGAGCGCUGCAACCCCAGAGUCGUUCGCGACUGGACUUAACUGUCAGGGGUCCUUUACCUGUACCUUUUUACCGUAUUUACACAAAUCUAAUGCACCAUCGAAUCUAAUGCACACCUUGAAACCAAAAAAGUAUUUGCUGGCGAAUGUAGACACGUCCUCAAAUCUAAUGGACACCCUAAUUUUCAUGACAUAAUUUGGCCAAAAAAGGUGUGCAUUACAUUUGAGCAAAUAUGGUAUACUGCCUCCAGUACUGGAAUUGGUGCACAGCCAUCAGGAAUAGUAGCCAUUAUCCUCCUCCAUGGGUUUGUGUAACCCCACCCCCACCCCCAAUCCUUUGCUAAAGCCAUCUUAAGUUGAUGGCAAUCACCUACAUUCUGUGGCAGCAAAUUUCCAGUUUAUAAUUCUGUGUUGUGUGAAGUAUUUCCUUUUGUUUGCCCUGGAUCUUCCAAUAUUCAACUUCAUUGGAUUAGUGCAGGUUCUAAUACAAUGAAAAAGGUGGGGGGGGAAAUGUAACUCUGUCCAGUUUAUAUACCUCUGCCUUGUCUCCUUACUACCUUUUUAUACAGACUAAAAAAGCCCCAACUGUUCCUCGAUUGGGAGUUCCUCUCACCCAGUGAUUAUCUUGGCUGCCCUUUUCUGAAUCUUUUUUCCAGCCUUACAAUGUCCUCCUUGAGAUUCAGUGACCACAGGAUUCAAAGUGUGGUUGCACCAUAGAUUUGUAUAAUGGUGUUACAAUAUUAGCAGUUCCUUUUCAAUCCUAACGAUCCCUUACAUGGAAAUUGUCUUUUCGGCAGUGGCUGUACACAGGACCAGCAUUUCUGCCAAGCCACCCGCUGUAACGACAUAGCCCCAAUAUAUUUCCUGGUGAGUCACACUGUCCUUUGCAGACCCCAUCAGUGUAUAUGUGCAACUGGGCUGUAUCCCCCCCCCCAACAUGCAUUGCUCCACGCUUCCUUACAUUGCAUUGCAUUUGCCUCUUAAUGCCCAUUCACCCAGUCUGGAGAGAUCCUUUUGGAGCUCAACACCAGGACAGUUACAUAUAUGUUGGAAAGCACAGGUCUCAAUACUGAUGCCUUACUCCACUUCUUAACAUCCCUCCUUUGUAGGCACCAUUAACCAUGCUGCUUGGGAGCUGGGAGUCAGAUAUAGUGGAGGGGCCCUUGAUAUGGCCGGCUGUAAUGACAGAUAAGCCUUUCUCAGUAGUCACACUCAAGGUAGAAUUUAUUUCCCUUUUGAGUUUGGAUGGCUUCCUCUUUAACUGCCUUCCAAAGGCUAGUGAAGUCAGAAUUAGUAGUAGAUUUUGCCCAGCCGGGCAUAUCACCAUCUUUUUAUCUUAGAGUUUUGUUUGUAAUCAGUUUUGCCUACUCAUGUUCUGUAUUGUAUGGUUUUAAAAAAUACGUGUGUGUAUAUAUAUAUAUGUGUUUGCUUUUAUAACGAUGCUGUGAGUUUAACUGUUAUAAGCUACCCUAAGUGAUGCAUCUGCAUUAACAGGGUAAAAUUUUACAAAGAUACACAUAUAUUGCAUUUAUAUCCCACUUUUCUUCCAAUGAGCUCAAAGUGGCAUACAUGCUUCAUCACAACCCUGGUUAGGCUGAAAGACAGUCACUCACAAGAGGUUACCCAGUGAUCUUCAGUAUAGCUGACUGGUGAUUUGAACCCUGGUCUCCCAGUUCCCAGCAGGGGCCUGUAACCACCAUACCACUGGCUAAUAAAUAGGUAAAUACCCUUGGGGUGUUUCCGUACCACAAAUCUACAUGAGUUGUUCUGCCUGGCUUUGCAUCUGGCCCACCCACAAUUGGCAUAUGGCUCCUGAAAGGUUUCCUAGAAGAACAUGUUGCCACAGACCGAAAAAAGUUCCCCAUGCUCUUGAUUUGGAGCAAUAUGAAUGGGCUUCUGAGUUCUCAACUGGCUAACGGGAACCAAGGAACCUUUAUAAAGCAGGCUGCCAACUGAGCCAGGGAGCCAGGACCACCCUCCUCUCCUACACAGGGAUGGCCUUGGACAAAUGCAGAUGCCUUGAAGUUGGGAAGGGACUGUUGACUCAGCAGCUCCUGGAACAUCUUGGUCUUUUCUCUGGCUGGGGGCCGCAAAAACAAGGGAGCGGGCUGGCUUGCCUCUUUCAGCAUGCUAUGUUCUGUUUCUCUCUCUAGGAUCAGAGCUGUGAAUAUUAACACUUUGGGUAGUGUGGUGGUGAGAGAAAUUCUCUUGGGUAGGCUUGGUGAGAAAUCGCCAAAGCAGGCAAGAGAAGCCCUCACCUCAUACCCUGGCUUCAGAUUUUUGCAUUCAGUUUGCAUUUCUGCCCUGCCUUGUGGCAUAGACAGAGAUGGCAGCCUUGGCCUGAGGUCAUGCAUGGGGGGGGGGCUGAACCCCUGUCCCAACCCAGCAUGGUUCACUCCUCUUGUCGCAGCAGCUAAGGCAGUGUCUGGUUGGCUAGGGUGAGGUGUGCCAAGUUGCCUUGGCAGUGGUGUGUGUGUAUAUAUGAAGGUGUUUUCGAAAGAACACCCAAACAACUGCCAACUUUUUUGGGGGUGGGAAUGCUGGAAUUGCUUUUAUAAAUAGCUUUUUAACGCUGCCUGUGGCAAUUAUUCUGGAGUAAGAGCUAGCAAAGGGACACGGGUGGGGCUGUGGGUUAAACAUCAGAGCCCAGGGCUUGCCGACCAGAAGGUCGGCGGUUCGAAUCCCCGCGACGGGGUGAGCUCCAGUUCCUCGAGCCUUGCUCCUGCCAACCUAGCAGUUUGAAAGCACACCAGUGCAAGUAGAUAAAUAGGUACCACUCUGGCAGGAAGGUAAACGGUGUUUCCGUGCGCUGCUCUGGUUCGCCAGAAGCGGCUUAGUCAUGCUGGCCACAUGACCCGGAAGUUGUACGCCGGCUCCCUCGGCCAAUAAAGCAAGAUAAGCACUGCAACCCCAGAGUCGGUCAUGACUGGACCUAAUGGUCACCGGUCCCUUUACCUUUACCUUUAAAAGCUAGCAAGAAAUUGGUAGCAGGUUCCAAUUUUAAUACCUCACCUCUUCUCCCCAUGAUCCCUUGAGCUGGAACAAAGGCCUUAUGUCAAGUCAGACGACUGGCCCCUCUAGGUCCCUCUAUACUGACUGGCAUCAGCUUUCCAGGAUUUCAGACAAGAGGUUUCUCCCCGCCCUAUCUGGAGAUGCCAGGGAUGCCAGUGGGGGGGGGGGGAAUGAGUGUUUAGACCCCUGGGCUCUCACUUGUGGGUUGCCUCAGGGUUCUGUCCUCUCCCCCAUGCUUUUUAACAUCUACAUGAAGCCGCUGGGGUGUUUGGACUGGGUGUCCAUCAGUACGCAGAUGAUACCCAGCUCUACCUCUCUUUCAAAUCAGAACCAGUGAAAGUCCUGUGCGAGUGCCUGGAGGUGGUUGGAGGAUGGAUGGCGGCUAAUGGAUUGAUGUUGAAUCCUGACAAGACAGAAGUACUGUUCUUGGGGGACAGGGGGCGGGCUGGUGUGGAGGACUCCCUGGUCCUGAAUGGGAUAACUGUGCCCCUGAAAGACCAGGUACGCAGCCUGGGAGUCAUUUUGGACUCGCAGUUGUCCAUGGAGGUGCAGGUCAAUUCUGUGUCCAGGGCAGCUGUUUAUCAGCUCCAUCUGGUACAUCGGCUGAGACCCUACCUGCCCACAGACUGUCUUGCCAGAGUGGUGUAUGUUCUAGUUAUCUCCUGCUUGGACUACUUCAAUGCGCUCUGUGUGGGGCUACCUUUCAAGAUGACCCAGAAACUGCAACUAAUCCAGAAUGGUGACUGGGGGUGGCCGCCGAGACCACAUAACACUGGUCUUGAAAGACCUACACUGGCUCCCAGUAUGUUUCCGAGCACAAUUCAAAGUGUUGGUGUUGACCUAAACGGCCUCGGCCCAGUAUAUCUGAAGGAGCGUCUCCACCCCCAUCGUUCUGCCCGGACAAUGAGGUCCGGCGCCGAGGGCCUUCUGGCGGUUCCCUCAUUGCAAGAAGCAAAGCUACAGGGAACCAGGCAGAGGGCCUUCUAUGUAGUGGCACCCACCCUGUGGAACGCCCUCCCAUCAGAUGUCAAAGAGAUAAAGAACUACCUGACAUUUAGAAGACAUCUGAAGGCAGCCCUGUUCAGGGAAGUUUUUAAUGUGUAACAUUUUAAUGUAUUUUUAAUCUUUGUUGGAAGCCACCCAGAGUGGCUGGGGAAGCCCAGCCAGAUGGGUGGGGUACAAAUAAUAAAUUAUAUUAUUAUUAUUAUUAUUAUUAUUAUUAUUAUUAUAUUGAACCUGGGAUUUUCUCCAUGCAAAGCAGAUGAUUUGUCACUGAGCUGCAGUUUAGGAAGGUUGUUGGCAAACUGGAAAGUGUGCGAGAUGAUAAAAAAUCUGGAAACCAAGCCUUAUGAGGAAAAGUUGAAGGAGCUGCGUAUGUUUUGCCUGGAAAAGGGGGAGACAGAGGAAUUAUGAUAGCUUUUUUCCAAUGUCCCAAGGGCUUUCACAUGGAAGAUGGAGCAAGCUUGUUUUCUCAUGCUCUGGCAGGUAGGACUCAAACCAAUUGCUUCAAGUUACAAGAAAAGAGAUUCCAACUAAACAUCAGGAAAAGCUUUCUGACAGUAAGAGCUGUUAGGCAGUGGAGGGUCUCCCUUGGGAGGUUGUGGACUCUCCUUCCUUGGAGGUUUUUAAGCAGGGGUUGGGUGGCCAUCUGUCAUGGAUGCUUUAGCUGAGAUUCCUGCACUGCAGGGGGUUGGACUAAAUAUUCCUCAGCGUCCCUUCCAACUCUACAAUUCUAUGAUUCUAAGACUUUUGCUACAGAAAGGUUUGUGGUUCUCUGUGCCCAACCCCAAAAGAAAUCAAUGGCUAGGAUAUUUGGGUAGUCGGUGGAGAAUUAGUGUGAUGUCCCAGGAUGUGGAAACUUGUUGAAAGCUGCAUUUAAAUGGGGGGGGGGGGCAGCACUCAAACAUGUGACUUGCUCCACCUGCAUUCUAAAGUAGGGUUGUACCACAUGCUCUGUUUCUGAUUGUAUGGGUCCUCUUGCUUGUGCAUCAUCUGAACACGGUGCUAAGCUGAUGGGGCAGCAACACUUAAACAUUCUGACGGUGGGGGAGGAAUUUGUGAUGACUCCACUCAUGUUUACCAUUGGUGACUCAUGAACAUGCAUGAUGUGCGAAUUGGACUUUGGAACCUGUGGCAGAAGAGUGACUCAGCUGCAUCCAAGUUUCCAAAGGUGCUUACAGGUGUGGAUGUUGAACAGUGUCCCAAUUAUUGCUGCUCUCCUUUAAGCUGUGAGUGGAAUAGCUACUCUAGUUCCAUAUUUCUUUAAUUCAAAUAACAGCCUUCCCCUCAUUAAUUUUACUGGACAAGCCAACAGCUAUUGCUAAUUCACGUUCAGUGACACCUAUAUUUUCAGUUUGACUUGUGUUAUGUUGUGUACCAGCAUUCUCUGGUCCUAACAACCAGUCCUUUUUUUCUGGCGGUUCUCGAGGGUAUGCAGUCCCCCCCCCCCCAUGUUAAAAGUGCCACACUUACUGUAACAACUUCAUGGUACCAGCACCUUUUUUUCCUUAAAACAAAAACAAAAACACCACUGCUAACAAUGGUACCCAACUAAUGAUUCCCCACCCCCACCCCCAGCUGCACUAUACAUUUAAAUCACUGAACAGGUGAAUAUGAGGGAGAUGAUUUGCUCGUGAUGUCUUGCAGAAAAAAGGGAGCCUGGCAAUUCUGUGUUGAGUGCCCAGUGUAGAAGUAAACCUAGAUUGUGGGUGGGGAACCUCAGGCCCAAGGGCAAAAUGCAGCCCUCAAGGCCUCUCUGUUUGGUCCUUGGAACUCACACCUCACCAACCUGGCUUUGCAACCUGAGAGCUCUUUUGCCUGUCUGGAAUGUGUCCUUGAAUGCUGUGCUUGCUUGCCUGGGUGGAGAAUAAAGAGGUGUGUGUGCAUGCAUUUGCAUAGAAAGUAGCCGACUGUACAAAGGUGAAAUUUACAUCCCUUGCUCAACCCAUUUUUGUCUCUGACCCCACCCGCCCUCAGGCACUGAAAAAAAGACUUGGAAAGAUUCUCCAAAUCACCAGUCAUCACAAUUGGGGCAGGAUAAGAAACUGCACUCCAUCCUAGCUACAUGAACAGGCCUAUGAGUGUGUACAAAACAGUUUCCUUCAGACUUGCAAAAUAAUCAAGGGUGGCUGGGGAGCUUGAUCUGUCCUGGUGCUAGGAACUGAUAAUAGGAGUAGAUGGGUGUGUGUGGUGGGGGGGGUGUCUCUUUAGAGCACUGGUUCCCAAACAUUUUUGGGCCACCCCUUCUUUGGUUCCACAAACUCAUCCCCAGUGUCCUCUGCCCAAUAAAAAGCAUUGUUCAGAAUAGCAGCUUGCAUGACCCACUAAAGAAGAUAGCAACACAAGAAAACACCGUAUUUUUCGCUCUAUGUGACACACUUUUCCCCCCCUAAAAAGUAAGGGGAAAUGUGUGUUCGUCUUAUGGAGUGAAUGCAGACUGUGUGGCUAUCCCAGAAGCCAGAACAGCAAGAGGGAUCACUGCGCAGCGCUCCCUCUUGCUGUUCUAGCUUUUGGCUUAGCUGCGUGAAGCCUCUUCAGGGCAUGGGGAGCCUUCAUCCCGCUGCCCUGAAGAGGCUUCGUGUGGCUGUUGCUGGCUGAGGGCCACCCCUCAGUCUCUUCCCCCACCUCCCAGAAAAGCCCACAAGAGCCGUGCUCUUUUUAAAGAGCCACGCGGAGCGUGUGUGUGGCUCUUGGGGGCUUUUCCCCGAGGAGGGAGAAGCCUGCAAGCACCGCACACAUGCUCCUUGCGGCUCGUGAAAGGGAGUGCUGAGCAGAGCCUGGGAUGCAUACAGGCUCUGCUCAGCGCUCCCUUUAAAGAAUAUUUUUUUUCUUGCAUUCUCCCUCUAAAAACUAGGUGUGUCUUACGUUCAGGUGCGUCUUAUGGAGCAAAAAAUACGGUACUAAACAAUAACCAAUAAUCAUAGAUUUAUUCAAAAUUCAAUUAAAACUAUUCAGUUUAAUUAACUCAACAAAACUGAUGAACUUGACUCAGUCAUACCAGCUUUUCAAAGCCUGAUAGUCACUUAUACCUCCCGUGCCCUCUUGCUGCCCCCUUGCCUUUUAGCUCCCCACCCCACAAGGUAAUCCUACUGUCCCCCAUGGCGCAGUACCACCCCUUUCGGGAACCAAUGCUUUUAGACCUUUGUGACUUCUAAUGUCAUGUUGGAUUAAUGUUUUGUUGUUAAAGCUGCACAAUGGUGUCAGUGGAGCCGUGGUGUCUUGCAGUGUUGGUCCUGCUGUUUGAAGAUAAUCUCUCUCCCAUUUGCUCAGUGGAUUCUGAAAGGUGGGGGGAGCUUAGGCAGAGAAAGAGAAGCCAAAUAUCGAAGCUGGUCAGCAGAUCUGUUCUGCGAUUGUGCCCUGUCCCUUGUGCUCAGCUUCAGUUUGUUAUUUUGCUGAGAUUUGAAGUGGGUGAGUGUGGAAUCGUAAGCUUUUGGCUGCUCAUUGCAGUCUCACAAAACCCCUCCCGUGUCUUGUGAAUGCUGGUCAUCCAAAGAGAAAUGAGUUGAUUAAAAUUGAGGAAUAGCAACUUAAUAUUGAGGCGUUGCAGGACUAGACAAUUUAUUCUGUCAAAGAAGUGGCAAGUUUUUAGGGAACUAAGAGUGCAUUAAAUUAAUCAGCUCCAGUCUACCAAAGCUGGUGCCACAAUAAAUUGCUGUGUGUUUUUAAGAGUGUUUUAUGGGUCCUCAUUGUUAAGCUGCCAUUUCUCAUGUUUUUAUCUACUCUCGUUUGACUGUAGCUUAAAAUUUAUUUCAUUCAUAUAAACUGACGCAUGCCACUGUCCUGGACCCUUGCAUCUUAUUUAUAACCAAUUGUUGUUAAGAACAUAAGUAGAGACCCUGCUGGAUCAAACCAGUGCCCAUCUAGUCCAGCAUCCUGUUCUCACAGUGGCCAAUCUGAUGCUUAUUAUGGGAAGCCCACAGACAGGACCUGAGUGCAACAGCCAGUACUUGUGAUUCUCAGCAACCUUGGUAGUUGUGAUGAUUUAGAGUUCCAUUCUGUUAAGUAUCUGGUGAAGACCUUCCUCUUCCAGUGAGCCUUUUAAGUAGAUGUUUUCCCCAGUCUUUAUCUGUAUUGGAACUGUGUUUAGAUUAACAAUAAAAACAAUUUGUUACCUGCCCUUCACCCUAAGUCCCAGGGCGGGUUAUAACAUUAAAACACAAUAUUAAAAAUUGUUUUCAAACAACUUACAAUCACAAAUGUUGCAUGAUAUAAACUUAACUUAUAUAGGGUGAUAACUUAUACACUACAGGGGUGCCCAAGCUUUUUCAAAGAGGGCCAGAUUUGAUGAAGUGAACAUGUGUGAGGGCCGACCAAAGUUGAGCUUUUUUUUUACAAUUUUACCCUAAAGUUGUUGAGCUUUUUCUAGGAUUAUUUAACCCCAAAGUUGUUGAGCUGUUUUUUAGGAUUGAAGCUGUUGAGCUUUUUUUUUUUUUUUUUUUUUUAAAAUGCUGAGCCUUUUUUAGGAUUUUACCCCAGGACAUAUACUGCCUGUUAUGCAGGGUGUCUUUUGGGAUGGUACCCAAUCUUCAUUCUACUCAGAGUAGACCCACUGAAACCAAUGGACCAAAGUUAGCCAUGCCCAUUAGGAAUGACUAUUGGAUACAACUCCUGGAACUAGCACUCUUGAGAGGACUUUUUGAAAAAGCCUUUGGGGACAGCCCCAGAACAGAUUGUUUGGGAAUCAGACCUGAGUGGCGCAUCAAACGCUUGAUCGGUUCUCUUAUCUGGCAUAGAAUUGGUAUAAAGUUGGUCCGCUCCCUGUUUGGUUUUGCACAAUGAGCUCUGGCUCUCUGUGAUCCCCCCCUGUGCCUGCUUUCCAAAGACAGCUGCAAACUAGACCUUCAAUCAGCAUUUUGCAUCCCUCUAACAUUGUCCUCUUGCUUGGGGAGGGAUGGAGUGUCUGCUGCACUGGCUUUGCCCCAGAGGCACCACACAGUUCCCUGUAGCCAUUGCACACAAUCCAGAGCAGCCUGCUCCACUGCUUUGUGUUGCAGGCUGGUAUGAAGUGCAUUACUCAUUUUGGAAUGAAGUGCCUAGGAGGGAGACUUUCAGAGGGUUUGCUGUGGUAAGUCUGUUGUUGCCAAAAAAAGAAAGAAAAGGAAAAAGGUCACACAGCACUUUUUUAUGAACUAACAGGUAUUGGGGCAUAAUGUUUGUGGAGUAGAACCCAUGUCAUCAGCACUGUCUACAGCACUGGAGGCUGCUUCAUUAAAGCGAAUGGGGCACUGCCUCACAUCCUCAGUCCUCCCUCAGUCACCCCUUGUCUGCCUGCCAUUCUUACUUACAAACUAGCUCAGGGGGUGGCCAGCUUCCUUCUCCUCCUGAGGGCUCAUCCAGACUUCUGCUUCUCCUGCCACUUUCCCCCAAGGAAGACCCCAUCUUUACUGCUGAUUUGGAGCAAACAUCAGUUGGGUUUUCCACAGAUUCAUAUUUGCUCCAAUUCAGUGCUUAAAGAGCAAGAUUUCCAGGGAAAGCAGUGGAGCAAACAGAAAACUGCUCGGACCUGUUCCUUCUAGAACUAGAACAAGCGGAAGUGUGGAAGAGUGUUAGUCCUAGUAGAACUCAGCAGGGAGGAAGAUGGGGACAAAGCUAGGAUUGGUUGGCUCAUUGACUCUGGGUCCUCCUAUCAUUGGUUCUGGCACCAACAACUUUUGGGCUCCUUGCUUUCCACCCUACCAGUCUAGUAGGCACCAACUGAUUCUGCACCCUAUCUACCAGGGAGUUUCUCUUCCUCCCCUCUUCCUGUUCCUUUAUUUGCCUUGGCUGGGGGGGCGCACCUUGUUUGAUACCACUUUAAACAGUCAUGACUCCCUACCCCCCAAACAUCUGGGAGCUGGAGUUUAAGGAUGCUGAAAGAAGACCCCCAUUAUUUGAAAGAAGCCAUGACUGUUUAAAGUGGUGUCAUAGUGCUUUAAACAUAUUGUGUGAAUGUGGCCUUAGCAGUGUUUGAUGACAGAGGGGUUGGACCAGCUUGCAGGUGAGGGUAACCCUUACUGUCUGAAUGUGAGUGUUGUCAGAAUACCAUCUGCAGGGAGCAGCAGGGUCACAGUAUGGCUGUGGCUCUGCAAGUUUGCUCUCUGGUUAGCACACAGACGGGCAGGUGGUCUGGUUCUGGGCUGCAAGCCAGCCAUGCCCUUUUGUACUUAUAGCCAUUUGAGGUGGUGGGACGUCGUCACAAACUCGAAGGGUCUCUGCGUCUGUUGCUAAGGAACUGUAGAGUUGACUGUGGCAGUCCUUUCUCUUUGAAAGGCUGUGUGUCCCACCCCCGCCCACCCCCCAUUUCUGUCAACCCUAAUCUCAUGCCUACCCUACAGGACUCAAGGCUUGCUGUUUUGAUCAAGCAUGCAACCCACCGCUCUGGUGAGCAGCAGCAGCAGCAGCAGCAGAUUGAUUUGGCAAACCAUCUUGAGCCAGGUUGGGCCUCCUGCCACAUUUCCAGGUGGCCCGGGUGUUUGUUCCCCCUCCUUUUUGCCUGAUUGCUGAAUAAAACCCCAUUGGGUUAAAAAUAAUGGGUGAAUUCAUGCACCUUGUGCUGGUGCUGGCUUUCCAUCGUCUUGGAAGGGGUGGGUGAUGUAGAGGCAUUGCUGCCCACAACCCAGAUGCUCCUUUUAGUGCUGGAAAUGAACGAACAUCGGUAGCUGCCUCCUAUUGAGUCAAUGCUAUCUCUAGCUUAGCAUUUCCUACACUAGCAGAUAGCAGCUCUCCAGGGUUUAAGGUUGCAGACUUUCCUAGCUCUACCCAGAGAUGCCAGUGGGAAUUGAACCUGGAACUUUCUACCUCUACCACUCUACCCUCUACCACUGAGCUAUAGCCCUUCUUGUGCUCAAACGUGUUUGUUUGCCUGCACUUCAAAAUAGUAACAAGAACACCAUCUGCACUGCACUUUCAAGCAGUGUCACACCACUCUGGCUUUCCCCACAAAGAUUCCUGGGAAUCGUAGUUCACGAAGGGUGCCAAAAGCUGCUAGGAGAUCCCCAUUUCCUUCAAAGAGCUACCUGUGUGGUUCAUAACAGCCAGUUGCUCUUCCCAAGGAAGUAUGGGAGCUGUAGCUCUGUGAGGAGAAAUGAGAGUCCUCUCGGCAUUGUUAGCAAACUAUAGUUCCCAGGAUUCUUUACAGGAUGCCAGGGCUGUUUAAAGUGCUAUGAUGAUGCUUAAAAUGCAUAGUGCAGAUGGGGCAUUACUUAAAUGCUGUCUUUUAUUGCCAGAGAAUGCCGAUAUACAGCAUAACAUAAAUCAGUGUAAAACACACUGUCCCUGUAAAGGUAUAUUAGAGAUAGGCUUCAAAAGAGAAAAUUAAUCAAGGAAAUCUUUGCUAUUUGGGUUGCAGAAGUCUGGAACCAGACUUGAUAUUCUUCUUACAGAUUAAAGGAGAGCAGCAAAAAUUGGGCACUGUUCAUCACCCACACCUGUAAUCCUAAGACCCAGAAAAUGGGCUCAAGGUGUAUAGUGGUUGACAGCUGGGUGGAAGAUUUCUCAGAAGCCCCUUAUAAGUUGCAGCAGGAUAGAAAUACAUAAAGUAAUACACAAGCAGAAUUAAAACAAAAAACAAAAACCAGAAUCCCAUUUGAGAGGCAGUGUGGUGUAGUGGUUAGGCUGAGUAUUGGAGGUGGUUGAGAACAAAAUGGGUUAACCCAGUGAUUUCCAACCGGUAUGCUGUUAGCACCCCAGGGUGCCUUGAAUGAUGGUCAGAGAUGCCAUGGGCAACACUGGCCUCUGCCACUCUUACCUUCCCUGCUCUGAUGCCCUCUCAAGUCUCUGCUUCCAAAAGGCCUGCACAGCUGUUAGUUGCAGCAGCCCUGGCUACAAGCUCCCUGGGUGAAUAGUGCUUCUGGGGAUGGCCAGGAGGUGCUUCCCAGGCCCCUGUGGGGCAGUGUGAGGAGGCACCUCUCUUUGGGGUGGGGAGGGCAGCUCAGAUACCAGGGGUGGCAGCAGUGCCUGCCCAGAGGACUCCCAGGGAGAGGGGAGAGGAGGUUGAGGAAACACUCCACAAGGGAGGGUGUUCGAAAAGGGGUGAGAGGCUGCCAGCUUGGCUGGCAAAGGGUGACAUAACUGGGUUCCUGAGCCCCACAGGGGUGCUGCAGAAAUCAUGUAGUUGGUCAAGGAAGCCGUGGACUCAAAAAAGUUGAAACCCCAUGGGAUAACCCCAUGGCUCCUUGUAAGAAGGAUGACAACACGACUUCAAAACAUUCUCUCUUUUUCAUUUCUUUCAGUACCAUUGACUAUGGUAUCCUUCUGGAGCAGCUGUCCGAGUUAGGAGUAGGUGGAACUGCUUUAUGGUGGUUCUGGUCUUACUUGUCUGGUUGUUUCCAGAGGGUGAUGCUUGGGGAGUGUUCUUCAGCCCCGUGGAGCCUUCAGUACAAUUUUAUUCCUCAUGCUGUUUAACAUCUAUAUGAAACCACUGAGUGGGGUUAUUCGGAGGUUUAGAGUAUGUUGUCAGCAGUAUGCUAAUGACACACAGCUCUACUUCCACUUUACCUCUGCAGGUGAGACAGUGGAUGUGCUGGAUCAUUGUCUUGCCUCAGUAAUGGACUGGAUGAGAGCCAACAAACUGAAACUCAGCCCAGAUAAGACUGGAAUAGCGGGUGGUUCACUAGACAGGAUGGAAGGGAGGUUGCCUGCUCUUGAAUGGGGUUACACUCCCUCUGAAGGAGCAGGUACAUAGCUUGGAUCUAUUGUUGUCUCUUGGCUCAGGUGACUUCAGUGGUGUAAAGUGCCUUCAAUGAGCUUUGGCUAGUGGUCCAGCUGUGCCACUAUCUAGGCUGGGAUAGCCUAACUUCUCUUUUCUAUGCUCUGGUAACCUCUAGGCUGGAUUGCUUCAACGCAAUAUACAGGGGGCUGCCUCUGAAGAUGGUUUGGGAACUUCAGCUGGUGCAGAAUUCAGUGGCUAGGUUGCUCACCAGGGCAAGGUGAUUUGAGCAUAUAAUGCUAAUCCUGGCCCAAUUGAACUGGCUGCCAAUUAGUUUUGGGGCCCAAUUCAAAGUGCGGGUUUUGACCUAUGAAGCCUGAAAUGUGGUCCCUCUCCACAUAGAAACCUACCUGCAUCCUGAAAUCAUCCCCUGAGACCCUUCUUUGUGUGCCUUUUCCACAAGAGGUCCAGAGGACUGGCAACACAACAAUGGGCCUUUUCUGUGGUGGUUCCCCAUUUGUGGAAUGCUCUCCCCAGAAGGCUUGCCUGGCACCUUCCUUACAUAUCCGAGCACAAUUCAAAGUGUUGGUGCUGACCUUUAAAGCCCUAAACAGCCUCGGCCCAGUAUACCUGAAGGAGCAUCUCCACCCCCAUCGUUCUGCCCAGACGCUGAGGGCCUUCUGGUGGUUCCCUAUCUGCGAGAAGCAAAGCUACAGGGAACCAGGCAGAGGGCCUUCUCGGUAGUGGCUCCCGCCCUGUGGAACGCCCUCCCAUCAGAUGUCAAAGAGAUAAACAACUACCUGACAUUUAGAAGACAUCUGAAUGCAGCCCUGUUCAGGGAAGUUUUUAAUGUGUGACAUUUUAAUGUAUUCUUAAUCUCUGUUGGAGAGAUGCGCCAGAUGGGCGGGGUACAAAUAAUAAUAAUAAUAAAUAAUAAUUAUAAUUAUUAAUCUGUAGGUGCCAGACAAAACAAUUCCUCUUUCCCCAUGCCUUUGGCUAAUUAAAUAAUCUAUGGCCAUUUAAACUGUAUUGGGUGGUAUUCUUGUUUUUGUUUGUUACUAUGCUAUGUAUUUUUGUGUUUUUAUAUUUAAAACAUUGUGAUCCUCGAAUGAAGGGCAGUAUAAAAAUUUAAUUAAUUUAACAAAGAAAGAAAGAAAGAAAGAAAGAAAGAAAGAAAGAAAUAAUGAGGUGUAUGGGUUGUUAGGCAGUGUUUGAAAUUAUCCUGCAUCUCUAACUAAGAAAGAUCAGGUACUGAGAAAGGCUUCUGCCUGAGAUUCUGGGCAGCUGCUGCCAGCCAGGGCUGGAUGAACCAACUAUGGUAUGUGGCAGCCCUGCGUGGUCCUAGGAGACUCUGGUAAUCAGUUCCAGUUCUCUUUUUUAAAAAUCCCCUUUUGUGACUGGAUCGAAAUGUCCUGGCGCCACCCUCGGUGCCUGGCACCUCCACUUGCCUGGCUGCAAUCAGCUGGUCUGUCGAGCACAGUGGUAGCAAAAGACCUUGCGCCUUUUGCUGUCGCGCUACCCCCACCAAACGUCUGAUUUGCCUGGCAGCAUAAAUGAAUAAAUAAAUUGCUGCUACCCUGCAGACCCCCUGAUUUGCCCAGCAGCAAGUUAAAUAAACAAAUCCCCUCCCCCCCCCCCCCGCUGCCGGGUGAAUCAUGUUUUUUGUGCAGUAGUGCCAUAGCAAAAGGUGUGGCAAAAUCAGCAGACCACCUUAAUUCACCCAGCAGCAUUGGGGGGGGGGUGUCUGCAUGGCUGCCUGGUCUGGUAGCAGGGCAAAAGAAGGGGGAAAAAAAUACAUUUUGUUUUGGGGCCAGCAACCUAGGUCCCAUGAGCCCCACGGCUCCUACCAGUCCUAUCCCAGUUUCUAGCACUGGUGUUAGGGGAGGGGUUGUAUCUCUGGUGGGGAGCAAAUUGUGCUUCUUCUAGGUCAGUUUGCCCACCUUUGUUCCCCACUCUGCACUCAUCUCUCACCUGGGGCUCCUGGAAGCUGUCAGCUUAUAGCAACAGCCACACCCUAGGAAAUGGCUUCGACUGGCUGGCUAAACCAGGUGAGGGCAGCCGAUGGGUCUGAAAUCCUUGGUGAGUUAGGCUCUUCCUGUGCACAUGAAGACAGGCUCUGGAAGAUUCAGUGGGCAAAAAGACCAAGAGUGGCUCCAAUGGUCAGGAAGGCAGUUUCUGCAUGUGCUGUAGAGCAUGGGUCAGCAAACUUUUUCAGCAGGGGGCCAGUCCACUGUCCCUCAGUCCUUGUGGGGGCCGAACUAUAUUUUUUUUGCGGGGGGGGGGGGGGAAUGAACGAAUUCCUAUGCCUCACAAAUAACCCAGAGAUGCAUUUUAAAUAAAAGCACACAUUCUACUCAUGUGAAAACACACUGAUUCCUGGAUCGCCUGUGGGCCAGAUUUAGAAGGCAGUUGGGCCGGAUCCGGCCCCUGGGGCCUUAGUUUGCCAACUUAUGCUGUAGAGCAGUGGUUCUCAACCUGUGGGUCCCCAGAUGUUGUUGGACUACAACUCCCAUCAUCCCUGAGCUCUGGCCAUGCUUGCUGGGGCUGAUGGGAGUUGUAGUUCAACAACAUCUGGGGACCCACAGGUUGAGAAAGGCUGCUGUAGAGGGAAGUGCGGGGCAGAUGGGGCUCACCAACCUGGGAAGGUAGCCCCACUAGGAGAAGGAAAACUCUGAUUCUAAACUUCUGCUGCCUUGCAGGAGAAGAUUGGGUGGUCGGGUGGCACACCUUGUAUACCUCCUUCUGGCAACUCUGCAGCCAAGCUGGUGCCAAAUGUAUCGCUCUGCUUUCCUUUGGACCACAUCAGUGAGGCUGAGAGGGGUGUCUUGUCAUCUGGGCCGCCCAAGACUUCCAUACACACUGCCCAGGCUUGCACUCCAGGGAGGUCAUUUUAGUGCUGCUAAUGCAGAGGUUUGGUUUCAUCCCCAAAGGCAGACUCUAUUGUCUCUCAAGACAGACAGAUGCAAACAAUAAUUAUGGAUGUGAUUUUUUUUUUUUUAAAAAAAGCAUAAUUUCUUCAUAACUGAUUUCUGUGUUGUUUUCUUCCUGCUUUCGCUUCCUUGCAAUGAGGGUGUAGCUUGGCAUACAUUUCCUGGCUAUGUGGGUGAAGAGCUGCAGCUCAGUGAACUUGGCAUGCAGUAGGUCUCGGUUUUAAUCCCAGACAUCUCCAGGGAGUGCUAGGAAUGCCCUCUUUCUGAAGCCCCAGAGAGAACUGUUGCCAGUCAGUGUAUACACUACUGAGCUGAUGGGCCAAGGGUCUCACUCUGUGUUAGGCAGCUUCCUAUCCUUUUUAGUUGACAUGGCAUUCACUGAAAGCAGUGGGUAUCUAACUUAAAAGCUGAUUUAAUUCAUUGGGACUUUGGAGCUGGUUUGCAGACUUAGUUUGGAGCACAAUUGGUGGCUUAGAUACCUACCUGCUUAACUGAAACUCCGUACUAAGCUUUGUCUGCAAUGGGUGGCAUUAUUGACAGAUGGCUGUCUGGUCCAGCGGAGGAUUCUGUCAGCAGCACUGCAGUGGGAAGCCAUUUUUUCGCCUAUUCCCUCUGUCCCCAGUCAUGCUGUUCUGCCCUACCACCCAUCUGCAGCAGAUUUUGGAGGGUGCAGGGGCACGUGGACAAAAUAUCCCCAUGGUACUGACAGAACCCUCUAUUGGGUCAACAAGCUGCCAGGACACUGUGAAGGACAUUGCUAUUGGAUAUGUGCUAAAAACUGCUUGGUUCCACCCUCCCAGCCUACCCCCGCCAAGAAUAGCAUAAGAGAGAAAGGCGUUGCUAGGAGACGUACCUAAAUCAUAAAUUGGGUGAUUGCUUUAUAGAGAAAAAAUACCGUAUUCUAAUAUUUGGGUUGCAAGUACAGUGCGUGUUUGUUUGUUUGUGUGUGAGAAAGAGAAAGGGAGGGAGGGGAGGGGAGAGAGAGAGAGAGAGAGAGAGAGAGAGAGAGAGAGAAUCUCUUCCAGUGCCAAGUCUGUAUGUUCAUCAUUUGGGGCAGGACACAAGAAGAACAUUUUGGGCAAUAUAGAACUUCUUCAUUCUGUCCCACUCUUAACACGGCAUACAGACAUGGUAUUAGGGUAGGGUGGCCCAGCACAAAGCCCAUGGGGACUUUUUUGGUGGCCGUUGGCAACAUUUGAUGGCCCACUGCCCUCACACUGCCUUCCCAAAGCCUGGUUAUUGAGAUGCUGGGCUUUGGGAAGGAGGCAUGAGGGCUCUAGGACCGUGCCAGAGCCUCAUGCCUCCUUCCCAAAGCCUGCUGCCUCACUUACUCAGCUUUGGGAAGGCAGCACAAGGGCUGGAGGGGCAUCAAAUGUUGACCUCACUCCUGUCCCUCCCCACAAGGCAGUUACUGUGGCCCACUUGGUAUGAAAAGUUGGACAGGUCUGUAUUAGAGGAACCUUGGGUAUAUUUGUACCACUGCUUUAAAACACCGAGAACACCCUGUCACAGCUCGGUGCCAGCAACAUCUGGACUUCUAACAGAGCAUAGUUAGGGGGCCACAAGGUUCCUCAACUUCAGAGAAUUGAUUGCCUUACUCAGCACUGGGCAGCUUCCUAAGUUGAUAUGCUGAUAAAUACUGAUACUCUUUAUUUUGGCUUGCCAAGAAAGCUAAUAUUUUCUCCUCCCCUCUUCUUCUUCUCUUCUCCUUUCCAGCUAUCAAGGUGAGCUGUGUGGGUUCCUGUGGGGUCUCCAGCAAAAUAAAUGACACUGCGUGGACUGUGGAGGAGCAGUACUUCAAUACAACCCUUUCAAUGGCUGAUAAAGGUAUGAUUGGAGGAGGAAACUCUGGAUGUAGAUGGGUCUGGUUGUUGAAACAGUUGUGUGGCAGCAGGGACUUGUACUGUCUCCUGAAGAGGUCUCAAACUCUUUUGCUGGUAGCUGGUAAAAGUCAAAGCACAGCUAUGCAUAAGUCUCUAACUCUGCCUUUGGAGUGUCAGACUAGGACCUGGAAGACCUGGGUGCAAAUCCCCACUUGGCUAUGAAGCUCGGUGGGUGACCUUGGGCCAGUCACUACCUCUCAGCCUCACCUACCUCACAGGGUUGUUGUGAGGAUUAAAUGAGGAGGGGGGAAACCAGUAAGGCUAGCUUUGAGCUCCUUGGAGAAGAGAGGGGGGAGGGGUAGAUAUGCAAUGGGUCAAACUACAGUCUGUUUUCCCCCUACCCCGGUAUUAUGACGCCAUUGUGCUUCUCCCCUUAUAUUGAGUCAAACCAUUGGCCCUUUCGCCUUUUAUUAGAAGAUGCUAUAAAACCAGGUGUCUGCUUGGCAGGGGGGAAGAGCUUAACAAGUGGAAAAUGCUCUUCUUGCCUUUCCCCUUCUAGUUGCCACCUGCCUUGCAUCUUGCAGGGCAUCCUGAAUACAGCAUUGGCAGGUGACCUUGGUUUGCAGGUGGGUUGGUAAUGGGAGUGGGCAGGUCCCAAACCAUGUGGGAUUUUACAGCAGGUGCAAGAAGCAUAUGGUCCUCCUGUCAUCCCUGGCCACACUGACCAUGCUUGCUUUAGCUGAUGUAAGUUGCAGUUCAACAAACUCUUGGAAGGCCAGAGGUUCCCCACACCUCCUUUAGAGAUGAGCACCAGAACCUUGGGACUGGAAACGGAUUGGAAGCCGGAGGAACUAUUGAGCAUUGGCAAGGUUCUGUAUUUAAGAGGGUCUUCCUCUGGUGCCCAUGAAUCUCUUGAGUCCCCCACUCCCCUGUGUCCUCUUGGUCAUGAGUGAUAGCCCUUGAGGUGUUUCACUUGCACCCACCACCCACUCCCCACCUACUAUCCUCUUGGUGGUGAGUAUUGCUUUUUAACUUCACAGUACCGGCACCUUUUUCUUCCAAAUGUUAAAAGUGUAGCACUUGCUGUAACAGCUUCGUGGUGAAUACUGACACCUUUUCUUCUUUUUUAAAGCACUGGUUUUGAGGGGCAUUACCUCUCCACCAUCACACUUGAGAAGUGCAUAUUAUUAUUAUUAUUAUUAUUAUUAUUUCAUUUAUACCCCACCCUUCCCGGUUUAAAAAUCGGGCUCAGGGCGGCUAACAGCAAAUAUAAAACAAUGAUUAAAAAUAGCAUAAAAUACAACGUAAAAUGCAGCAUCAAUAUCAAUAAAAUUCAAAAAUUCUGGGGUCAUUUUGGGCAGGGGGGGAACCCAGGCAGUAGACGUCAAAUGAUCACCAGGGCUAACUGGCCAAGUUGGUCCUACUAGGGCCAGCAAGGAGACCAGGGAAGAAUUUAAAUGUGGGGUCCCAGAAAGGGUUUCUUCAUAGAAGAGAAAAGGGAAUAGAGGAUCAGGCUAAUUCAGAUUGAAGGCCAGGCGGAAUAGCUCUGUCUUACACGCCCUGCGGAAGGAGAUCAAGUCCUGAGCUGAAGGAGGAAGUUGAGAGAGUGACACCCUUUCCCACUUCCACUUUCGGCUCUAUAUGCUUUUCAAGGCUCAGAUUAAUUCCACUGGGUAUACAGCUUUUAACAAGAACUCUUGGAAAAAGCAAAACGUUUGUGCGCUUUAAAUUUUAAAUUCCUUAUAAUACUGUGCUUUAAUGCUGUAACCUGUGCUGGGACCUUAGGGUGAAGGGUCAUACCUUGGAUGAAUACGCUUUAGGUUAAGCAUUUUCGGAUUGUGCUCCACGGCAACCCAGAAGUAACAGAACGUGUUACUUCCAGGUUUCGCCGCUCGCGCAUGCGCAGACGCUCAAAAUGACGUCACGCUCAUGCGCAGAAGCGGCAAAACGCAACCCGCAUGCACGCAGUUGCACAGUUGCAUGUUACAUUCACUUCAGGAUGUGAACGGGGCUCCGGAACGGAUCCUGUUUGCAUCCAGAGGUACCACUAUAAUCAUUUGUCUCUUGCUAGUUCAGAGAAGCAGAGAGAAACCCCAUGUACAAUGUAAGGCAGUAUCAUAUUAAAGAGAACCAGUGUGCUCCCAGCAAUAAUGCAAGUUCUCCUUCUUGCAUACAUCCUGUCCCUCAGAAGGAAGGGCAUUUAACUAGUACAAAAAAAUCGCUUUUCUGGGCACAAUGGCUUCCUCCCUGGUGGGAACAGCAUCUUUCUUUGGGGGCUGCCUCCUCUUGAAAAGAGCCCCAGCCCACCUGAAAGAUUCCUGUUAAUGAGCCACUUGGCACAGAUCCAUGGUGUAAGGUGGAUGGGGGACCUGGCCACAUUCCAGAGACACUCUAGGGUUGAAUGAGCGGCGCCUUCCACUGGCUGGCAAACAGGUUGCAAAGGGCACAGAUUAAUUUUGAGCAUCGAAACUAGUCGGUGAAAAACAGCAGCAGCCACUGCUGCACAGUGGUGCUUUGUUAGUAAAUGUACACUGGAGGGGAGGGGAAGGGUGUGUAAGAGCAGAGGAAUUUCAAAUGACGCACUGAAAAAAAUGGGAAAUGUGGCCAAAGGGAGCAGCCAGACUCGCUUGGCAACUUCUGCUUGACUGCGGACUUUGAAGCAAGGUGAGGGGAAGCUACUUGUACACCCUGAGCCAAAGCGUUGCUCCAUCUUCGAUCCUCAAGCCCCACAAGGCGGUGUUCCUUUGCUGCUGCAGAUGGCCUUGGGAUCUUGCUUAGAGCCCUGUUUCUGUGUGUGUGUGUGUGUGUGUGAGAGAGAGAGAGAGAGAGAGAGAGAACAAACUUCAGGUUGUUGCUUUCAGUAGGAGGUUCCUCUUCUGCCUUUAAAUGCCCAGAGCAAAACGGAAAAAACCAGCUGAAGAUUUCAUCCUUCCAAGUGUUUUGGCAAGUUCUGCAGCAGACGGGUAUUCUAGUCUGAAUCUGGAUUGCUGGGCUCUGACUCUUUAAAGGGCACUGGCUCUUGAGAGGCUAUAGGGCAUCUUUCUGCUGAUAAUUUGUCAGCAUGCUGCCUCUGAACAUGGGGGUUCUACCUGGCUAUUGUUUGCCAAAAGCUAUUGAUUAGACAUCUCGUCUAUGGAUUUGUCUAAUUCCCUUUGGAAGCCACCUGUGUCCGUCACACCUUGUGACACCUAGUUCCUCUAUAAAUUGCUUGUUGCAUGAAGCGAUUUAUUUUGCCUUCCCUGAAUUUACCUGGUCUUUAGGUUUUCAUUAGGUAACCUCCAAGAUCUAGUAUUAUAGCGAAAAACAGCCUCUGUGGCCACUGUCUUCUGGUUUUGUAGGGAAAACAUGCCGUGGUGCUCACAAACUACUAGAUAAUUCGGAGCGUUGUUGCUUACAAGAGGAAGUAAGUUUAGAUGAAUCUGUAGGUGGUUUCUCUUAACCAGGCUUAGUGGUUACAUUAGAGGGAGUGGAUGGCACUUUGCUCUAAACCACUGAGCCUCUUGGGCUUGAUGAUUGGAAAGUCAGUGGUUCAAAUCCCCGCAGCAGGGGGAGCUCCUGUUGCUCUGUCCCAGCUUCUGCCAACCUAGCAGUUUGAAAGCACAUCAGUGCAAGUUGAUAAAUAGGUACCACUGUGGUGGGAAGGUAAACAGCAUUUCUAUGUACUCUGGCUUCCAUCACAGAGUCCUGUUGCACCAGAAGUGGUUUAGUUAUGCAGGCCGCAUGACCUGGAAAGCUGUCUGUGGACAAACGGCAGCUCCCUCAGCCUGAAGCAAGAUGAGCACUGCAUCCCAUAGCUGCCUUUGACUGGACUUAAGUGUCCAGGAGUCCUUUACCUUUUUUCUUUUUCUUUUAACCUUUAAUGGUUACAUCAGUCCUAUCUUUACUGCAGUUCUGCUAAUUGACAGCAGGACCUGGGUGGGAGCCCAGAUCAGUGUUAACCAGGCAUAGGCAAACUUGGCCCUCCAGAUGUUUUGGGACUACAGCUCCCAUGAUCCCUAGCUAACAGGACUGGUAGUCAGGGAUGAUGGGAAAUGUAGUCCCAAAACAUCUGGAGGGCCGAGUUUGCCUGUGCCUGGUGUUAACCAUUGUUAACGUGAUGGAACAAGUAGCCAGGGAUAACUAGCCAGUUAGGCAAACAGAGGGAAUUGGAUAUGUGAGCAAGGGGAAAGUAUGUGCAAUCACGUGACCCUCUUAAACACAAUUAAGACACAUCCCUAGCACAGCCUCAUUUGCAGAGCUAAAGGAACCUUUGGUCCUCUAGAUGUUGAUGGGCUAUAUCUCCCAUGAUCCCUAAAAAUUGGCCACAAUGGCUGGAAAUGAUGGGAAAUGGAGUCCCAGUACUGUACUAGUUUUAUGGGAAAGCAAUGCAGUUGAUGGGUCCCGGAGAUGCAAAGACUGCAUAGACUGCUGUAGGUGUAAUUGUUCUUUUUAACAUUUUAAAUGUGGUUUUUAUUAUAUGGUUUUAUGUUUUAUUUGAGAUAUACAGUGGUACCUCUACUUACGUGCCCCUCUUGUUAUGUAUCCUUCAGGAUACGCACAUGGCAAACCCAGAAGUACCUAUUUAUCUACUUGCACUUUGACGUUCUUUCGAACUGCUAGGUGGGCAGGAGCUGAGACUGAACAACGGGAGCUCACCCCUUCACAGGGAUUUGAACCGCUGACCUUCUGAUCGGCAAGCCCUAUUUCCUCCCCUGCCCUCAUCCCCCCCUCCCCAAUGCACAAGUGGCCACCCUCCAAGGGAUUGUUCCUCAACCCUUAACUUUAGUUUUUGGGGACUGCACCGCUGGUUAUUCUUUAAUUUUCUUUAAAAGGUUGCUGUUUUCUUCCCUACUUUUUUGUUUUUUUUAACGCUUGGUAAUUUUGUGUUUUUAUGGUGAGUUGUUUUUAGUUGCUUUUGAAGCUGCUCUAGUUGCUUUUGAUGUGCAGGGUCUAAAAAUAUUGUUUUUAUUUUAUGAGAAGUGCUUCCUUUGAUGAUGCUGUUGUGAUCCUUUCUGGGUGGUUAUGAGGCUGCUGGUACUUAUUGCUACUAAUACUGAUAAUGAUCAUACAUAAUAACAGCAAUAAUUUUAAAAAGAGAAUGGAAUUGAUUACCAGAGUCUCCUAGGAUCAUGGGGGAGCUGCCACAUACCAGUAGUUGGUUCAUCCAACCCUGACUGGCAGCAGCUCUCAGGCAGAAGCCUUUCUCAGUACCUGAUCUUUCUUUGUUAAAGAUGCCAUGGGCUGAACCUUCUGCCACUGAGCUCUGGUCCCGGACUGUUCUCAAACUUUAUUUUAUUUACUUAUUUCAUUUUUUCAUUUUUCAUAUUUACUUAUUUCAUUUUUCAUUUUUUACUACUACUGUACUUGAUUGCAAGACAAAAACAAAAGAACCUCAAAGCUGUUUACAUAAAAACCAGUUUUGUUGAUUUUUUUUUUAAACCAACUCAGUUCGAAACAAGAAAAUUUAAACUUGCAAAAAUGGUUAAAACCAGAUUAAAAUACAGGUCAGCGUUCUACAUGUCUGGGUAAAGGUAAGGGUAAAGGGACCCCUGACCGUUAGGUCCAGUCGUGGCCGACUCUGGGGUUGCGGUGUUCAUCUCGCUUUAUUGGCCAAGGGAGCCGGCGUACAGCUUCUGGGUCAUGUGGCCAGCAUGACUAAGCCGCUUCUGGUGAACCAGAGCAGCGCACGGAAACGCCGUUUCCCUUCCCGCCGGAGCUGGACCUAUUUAUCUACUUGCACUUUGACGUGCUUUCGAACUGCUAGGUUGGCAGGAGCAGGGACCGAUCAACAGGAGCUCACCCCAUUGCGGGGAUUCGAACUGCCGACCUUCUGACCGGCAAGUCCUAGGCUCUGUGGUUUAACUCACAGCGCCACCCACGUCCCAUAUCUGUCUGGGUAAGCUUGCCUAAACAGAAAUGUUUUUAGCAGGCACUGAAAAGCGUAUGGUGGAAGUCUAUGCUUGAUGUAAAUAGGCAGGGAGUUCCAAAGUGCAGGUGCUGCCACACAUAAUAAUAAUAAUAAUAAUAAUAAUAAUAAUAAUAAUUUAUUAUUUAUAGCCCGCCCAUCCGGCUGGGCUCCCUAGCCACUCUAAAAGAUUGAUUUCCUAAAAUGCGGAAUGAGUGUUACGUGGCACCUGCCUGCUCUGCAGAAUGGAGCGGUUGGAGAGGCCUUUAUGGGGUAAGGUGAUUUUUCAGGUAAACUGGUCCCAAGUUAAUGGGAACUUGAUAAUUCUGGGCACACUGGACCUCCUUAGUUCCUGUAAAACAUUUCACAGAGUCUUUGGGGAAGCAACACUGGCCCACUGGCUGGGUAGUCUGUCUGCACUCCAGAAAGCAAGCCAAAAAGGGCUCUUCCUUCUUCCCUGCCUUCAGACAGCAAGCUGAAGCCACGUGUGCAGAUAGAAGCCUGGCUAUGUCUACUCCUCUGUGUCUAAAUUCCCAUCCUUCCUCUGACAUCACCUCCAUUUGCAACCAGGUGGAGUUGUUCGUGCGUCACAUAAACCUCUCAACAGCAGCUUACUACAUGCACAAGAGCUGAGUCACCAGACGGACUCAGACCACAGAGGUCCAUCAGCAGACCUUCUCGGAGGUCCAGAGAGGCCUGUGCCACUUCCAGCUUUCAAUGCCCCUGGCCAUUAAAAAAAAAAAGUAUUGAUGACUCACGGGGGUGGGGGGAAGAAUGCAUGUCUCUUGCAUGUCUUCUUGCUGAAAUUUGGAGCUUUAAGCUGAAAGAGUGCAUCACGUUUGGGCUGAUGUGUAUAAAUAUAUAACAAAUGUCUAAACUUGUGACUCUGGCCCAAAGGCCCUCCUGGCUCUCCCUACCUCACUCCCACCUCCUCUAAUUGGCACCUGGAUCUAGAACAGGAUGCAGGCCUGACCCAACAGGUGGUUCUUGGUUUAUUGUAUAAACAGGUGGGUUUUCACAUGUGAAACUGGGUAGAAGUCUCCCUCCCUCCCUCCCUCGUGUCAAAAGUAAGAUUCGCUGGGUUGGUAGCAGAGGGAGUUUUGUAUUGGGGCUGUUUGCUCCACACACAGCUAUCCCUUUUGACUUUGCUGCAUCGUCAUUUGUGCCAAGUUUCUUUGUGUGUGUGUGUGUGUGUGUGUGUGUGUGUGUGUACCUAAUGACACACACCAUACACUACCAAAUUGGUUUCCAGUAAGGUUGUAUGCUUGUUAGUUCAACUAAGCCUUUGGUUUAUUCACUCGUGGAAUGGAGAAUGUAAGACUGCUUCUUUUCAAGCCACUUUCCUCAAAGAACCCUGAGAACCAUAGUUCUGAAAGUUGUCAAGAGACCCCUAUUCACCUCACCAUUGUUCCCCCCCCCCCCCGGAAAAAACGGUAGGGGAACUCACCACAAAGUUGCUUGGUUAGUUUAUUGUGGGGCCAGUCACAGUGCCACCCCCCUCCCUGGGCAGCGGCUAAAUGUAAGAUAUGAAUAAUAAACUCAAGCAGACAAUGGUUUGGAUUAGAAACGGCCACAACUUACUGAUUAUUAAUAUAAGUGGAUUUUUGGCUUUGGGAGUAUAUCCAUUCCGGCCCUCAGCCCCAUACAAAAAAAUUAUUAUUAUUAUUUAAUUUUUAAAAGGUAAGGGGAAAAGGUUACCUCAAGUUUAAAAAUAAAUAAAUUGCACCUUUCAGAGGUACAAUUUCAGGAUAGGUCAUCACACUCAGUCCCUCUUCCCAAGGAACUGUGGGAACUUUAGCUCUGUGGUGGAGAUACAGAGUCUCCAGUCAAUUCUUGGGACCCUUAAUGAGCUAUACUUCCCAGGAUUCUUUAGGGAAGCCAUGACUGUGUAAGUGAUACAGGAGUGUCGCAGUGGAUACGACCAGCUUGCUUUUGCUUCAAAUGAUAAGCUUUCUAUCUCAUUCUCCUUUUCCACCUUCAGAUGCAGAGGCCAAAACAGGUUUGAAUAUAUGCAGUCUUAACUGGUUAGUGGGCAGAUGACUAGUGAAUAGGAAGACUGGAAGCUGCCUUAUACUGAGUCAGACCAUUGGUCCAUAAAGCUCAGUAUUGUCUUCAUUGACUGGAAGGAGCUCUCCAGGGUUUCAGACAGAGGACAUUCUCAGCCCUACUAUAAUCAUGUAAAUAUAUGGUAAAGGAUUAAGCAGUGGUUCCCCAAUGCAAGUUUGGGUUAAAAGUAGGUCCUGGGGCUGAAAUAGUUGGGAGAAGCCUGCCCUGUACUGAGCUAGAAGGAACAUAAUAAACUGCUUUGUUCCCAAGUGGGUGUUCCAAGCCCCUUGACUAUUGCUCCACGGAAUGCAGCUCUUCUUCCCCAGUAGACAGGAUCUGGCCACUCUUGGCUCCUUGCAGCUCCCAAACAGCCUCCCUCACAGAAAAUGAUGAAGUUACCUUUGCUGCUCAUGUUUCGAGUGUCUCUUCUCCUCUGAAACCAGAUCGCCUCCUCCAAAGCAUCCAACCUGUGCCUUGUUAUUAUAUUCUAGAGAACAAUUCAGCAGUGUGGCCAGUGAGGCAGGUAGCAGCCACCUGGAUGGGAUGGGAAAGGCGCAGAGAUAUGCUUGCAUUCAAAGCCAUGGAAACUUGGCCUCUAUCCCACAGACUUAUCUGCACCUCAGAGGGGAGAGGGCGAAGGAUGUAGUACUAGGGGAGAGGGUUCUUGCUUAUAUAAGGGUCUUGCUUAUAUUUCUUGCUUAUAUUUUGACCAUCAGGGUCAAAAGAGGCCAAAUAUUUCUAUUGCCAUUUCAAAAGAUGGAUAGCAAGUUUUUGUGUUUUGUUACAACUAUUAGUAGCUUACUAUCAGUGUGUAUUUUACUAUUAGUAUUUUAACAAAAGAUAGAUUCCGCUUAACUGCAUAUAAGUCCUCUAAGCAGUUUACAAAGUCUAUCAACAUUGGAAUUGUCAGCAAAAAAACAAGUCUUAAGAAGAGCAGAACGAGUAAACUCAACAAUUAAAAGUAUGCAUUAUAAGGUAAAAAUAUGGAUUAAAAUAUAUGUCAACUUCACAUGUCUGGGGAGGUGUGCAUAAACAGAAGUGUUUUUAGCAGGCACACAAAACAAGACAUCAAAGGUAACUGCCUUAUGGCAAUGGUAAUUGGGCAACAAUCAAACCAAAAACUUAAAAGAGUGGGAAAGUAUGGAAGAAUAUAUUAUAAAACAUUGUUCCCAAAUCAAACCCUUGAUAUGUAUUGACUAAAUUUCACAAAGUAAAAAUUCAGAUAGAUAUGUUAUUUAUUGUGUGUAAAUGAGAUAACAAAGGUAAUCAACACAACUAAAAAGAAAAUAGAAUAGAAGAAGCUGCAGUGUGGUUGUGGGAAGUCACGGGUGAAGAAAUGUGGAUAUUAUUUGGAUUUGUUUUACACUUAACAUAAGUUAAAGUAUAGAUUGGAAUAUGUAAUUGUAUAACGAAAGAAAAUCAAAUAAAAAGCAUCACAGGGGAAAAAAUGUCAAUGGGCAGAGAAUUCAGAGCUUAGGAUUUUUGGCUUGUUAUUUUAUUGGUUAAUCGCGUUAUUGGGGGGGGGAGAUGUUUCAGUGACACUUAAUAAUGAAAUAAAUUAAAAUGGAUAAAAUUAAUUAAAAGCCAAAUUAAAAUGAUAUACAACACAAAAUCCCCCCCCAAACCCCCAACUCUCAUCCAACUGUACAUACAAUAAAAAGAACAAGCCUUAUCCCUGCCACACUCCCAGCAAUUAAAGGAAAACAAAGCUGGGAGACCUUUGGCCCCCCUCGAUGCUGAGGGACUCCAGUUCUUAUCAGCCCCAAGUUUUAGAGUGGAUGGGAGUUAUAGGUCAGACUGUCCCCAGCCUUUGUGUGUGUGUUUUGAGUUGGCAUCUGUCUGUCUCAGGAGACAAUGGAGGAGUGCAUCUUUGGGGAUGAAGUCAAACUGUUGGAGAGUUGCAGCACCUGCUGUGGCUGUAGAGACCGAAAUGGGAGAGACAUGUUCUGUUGCAGCUGGGGCAGUUGAAGGUGGCUGGUUGUGCUGGUGCAGAUGCAUCAUGGCGUUUCUUCUCUCUGCUCUCCUCCCGGUGGUCAUUUCUCCUCUGGUCACUGCUGUGGAUUGAUUGUCUCCAGGCACUGUGGUAAUCUGCAAGGAAUUCCCACUAUAACUAUUGAGGCUGCGUACACACUACACAUUAAAACGGAUUCCUGGUAGUUUAGGGUUACUGGGAAUUGUAGCUCUGGCAUGUUCAGUCUUUUUAAACAAUCUUUAAAACCCCUCCUUUCCUGAUCUUGCUGGCUGGUGAAAUCUGUGCAAGUACAGUGGUGCCUCAGGUUAAGUACUUAAUUCGUUCCGGAGGUCCGUUCUUAAGCUGAAACUGUUCUUAACCUGAAGCACCACUUUAGCUAAUGGGACCUCCCGCUGCCGCUGGAGCACGAUUUCUGUUCUCAUCCUGAAGCAAAGUUCUUAACCUGAAGCACUAUUUCUGGGUUAGCGGAGUCUGUAACCUGAAGCGUAUGUAACCUGAGGUACCACUGUAUCUCAAUUACCUCAACGAUAAAUUAGUGUGUAACUUGACGAAAAACCAACAAAUCAUCCUUCAAAAUAUUUGUUGCUUUUAUUGUCUGUGCCUGGAGCAGGGGGAGGGGCUCGACCGGAAAAUCUUGCUCUAAGCCUUGCUUACACUGGCAGACCCUCAAUAUAUACUGCUCAGUUUUCUUUUCUUUCUAAAUGAAAGCUCCAUAUGGCUUUCUGCAGAAAUAAGGCAUGACGCUCUCCAAGAAGUUUCCUAGCUAUCUCUCCACUGAGUUCACUGCUCCCACCUAAGCCCCUGCCUGUCUCCCUCCCUGGACAAAGGGGACAAUGGGAGAGGGGCAUUUACAGGUGGAAUCUGACCUAGCAGCCUCUAGGCAUAAUGACUUUCUCUCAGAGGUAUUUUUAGCUGUGAACAAAUUUCAGGAAAAGCUUUUGUGUGGGGAGACACUGAGCCCUUUGUUCGGGCUUCUGGGAAUGAAGUAAGCCCUGAAUGGUUUCUAGAGUUUUAUACACUGAACUCCUGUCUGCCAUGAUCAAGACUUUUUUUUUAUUUUUAAUGGGGCAGAAAUGGCAUUUUGAGCAAAUCUUGACGGGAAAAAGGGCUGUUUCUCUGAUCAAGACUUCUUGGACCAAGGUAACUUGAGGAGAGUCAAGGUGACUUGGGAAGAGUAGUAGUAUCUGCUGGAGUUUUUAACUUCUGUCUGAGGCCUUGGGGAUGAAGUCAGCCCCCAGCCUUUGUGCUUGAUGCCCUUAGCUGGAGAUGCCAGGGGGUUGACAGUGGUGCUUUAUGCAUGCAAUGCCAGAGGCUUUUACCCACUGAGCUAUGGGCUUCUUUACAGUCAUACCUCAGGUUACAGAUGCUUCAGGUUGUGUUUUUUUGGGAUGCGGACCGCCGAAACCCGAAAGUACUGGAACGGGUUACUUCCGGGUUUUGGCUGUCGCGUAUGCGCAGAAGCUCUAAAUCACUCUUUGCACAUGCGCAUAUGCGCCGAAUCACAACCCGCACAUGCGCAGACAUGCCACUGCGGGUUGUGAAUGUGCAUCCCGCACAGAUCACGUUUGCAACCCGAGCGUCCACUGUACAUGGAUCCAGCAGUUCCUGCUGCUUGCUCACAUUACCCUUUAUAACCAUUUUACAACAACCCUCUAGGGUAGGUCAUUGUCAUUAUCUCCCCCCCCCCCACAGACAAGAAGCUGAAAGUGGCUUUGUUGCAGACUUCCUAGUGAGGACACAGCAGGAGUGUGGUUCAAACCUCAACCUCUGAGAACAACACCAACCUAGUAUUGCUGUUGGCGUCUAGCACAGCACACUUUAGAAUGUGUGAAGAACUUGGCAGACCUUCAUUCAUCUUUGCAACAACCCUCUUGUAAGGCAGGCUUGCAUUCCUCUGUACUGUGUGCAAACUUUGGCCCAUCACCCCAAGCCAUCUCUCAAAUGCAUCGCUCCCUGGGCUCAUCCAAACUUCCACUUGUCCUAUGCUUUCCAGGCACGAGCCUGAAUGGUUUUUCAUUUACCUUGCUCCUUUUUAGCCCACUGAUUAACACUGAAUCAGAACAAACAUAAAUGCACAGAAAACCCGACUGAUGUUUGGGGACGAGAAGAAUUGUGGAUGAGCCCUCUGUCUGCUUAACUCUCCUUGACUGUGAAGUUGCCUAAAGUCACUAACCAGCAAGUCUCUUUUUAUUAACAACUCUCAGUGUUUGAGAGCUGCUGCUUCAUGUGUUGUGAGUGCUGUCAAUUGCAUCUUUUCCUCUUCCCCCUCUGGGGCGGGGAUUAGGCUUUUGUUUGCUCUGUAAACAGAAUUACACAGUAGGCUGUAGACACCAAGUUUUAUUCUUUUCUCUCAACAAUCAAGGGAAAUAUUUUGUUGGGGAGGGGAGAGAGAGAGAGAGAGAUUUUGCUGGGCUCAGUACUCAAAUAAUGGGUUGUGGAGAGAAGGUAGUUGUCCUGCUGCAAGCAUUGACCUCUGCCACAGCUAGGAGAUGCUAAACUUCCUUGUGCAAGGCUCACAUUAAAUGCCAGAAGAGAACAAAGAUACAGUGUUGGGGAGGGGAGGGGAGGGAAGCAGAGCUCUAAUGUUGCUUCAGCAACAGCCAGCCUUAUACUGGGCCCUAUAUAGGAGCAAGCAGUUCUUCUUAAGUUGUAUAACUUGGGUUAAGUACUUAAUUAGUUCCGGAGGUCCGUUAUUAACCUGAAACUGUUCUUAACCUGAAGCACCACUUUAGCUAAUGGGGCCUCCUGCUGCCACCGCACCACCAGAGCACAAUUUCUGUUCUCAUCCUGAAGCAAAGUUCUUAACCCAAGGUACUAUUUCUGGAUUAGCGGAGUCUGUAACCUGAAGCGUCUGUAACUUGAAGCGUAUGUAACGCGAGGUACCACUGUACUCUACUUUCACAUAAAGGUACUUCUUCAGUUAAAUAGGGGCCACCAGUGCCAGAUUUAUGUACAGUGGUACCUCAGGUUAAGUACUUAAUUUGUUCCGGAGGUCCGUUUUUAACCUGAUACUGUUCUUAACCUGAAGCACCACUUUAGCUAAUGGGGCCUCCUGCUGCCACCGCGUCACCGGAGCAUGAUUUCUGUUCUCAUCCUGAAGCAAAGUUCUUAACCCGAGGUAAUAUUUCUGGGUUAGCGGAGUCUGUAACCUGAAGCGUAUGUAACCCGAGGUACCACUGUAUAAGCUAAACAAGCUAUAGCUUAGGGCCUCACUCUCUUGGCCCCCCCAAAAAAAAUUUAAAGGAAAAAACAAACUGGAUGUACAUUUCCAAAAUAUAAGAUGAAAAACAAAUAAAACAAAACCUACAUAUAGCAACAGUGUUUUGUGUUCUGUAGGCUCCUGCGAUGUAAGUAAUGGGCCCCGCGCCUGCUAGCCUGCUCCCUAAAAUAUCACAUUUAAAGGGCCCCAUUACCUUCGGUAGCUUAGGGCCUCAUUGAACCUAAAUCCGGCCCUGGGGACCACCUUGUUCUAGCAGUCUUUGCUCAGCUGACAGCCUUCACAUGCUUUAAAAAAAUCUUAGCAGUUUAUUUUUCCUUUUACAGUUGUAUGGGAUUUGCAUUCCCCAGUGGUUACAAAUUUGGAGUCAUGCUGGGAUACAUUUAGCACAGCGCUGCAGCUGUUUCCUCCACAAGUUGCACAGAGGUCAAGGGGUGGCUUCCCCUUUAAGCUGUGCUCCUCUAUACACCUUUUGGAGGAGGAGUCAUUGGUGCCAUCAAGGAAAGACUCUGGGCUGGAUGUACAGAGUUACACUAAGCAGAAUGAGCAGGAGGGCCCCCGGACACAGCAAGGCUUCAGCAACACAGGAAACUGCCUUAUACUGCAUCAGGCUAUUGGCACAUGUAGCUCAUUAUUGUCUACACUGGCUGGUAGCAGCUCCUCCGGGGUUUCAGGCAGGGAUCUCACCCAAUCCUACUUGGAGGUGCAGGGAUUGAACCUCAGACCUUCUGCAUGCAAAGCAUGAUGCUCUACCUGUGAACUAUGGCUCUUCCAGCUGUGAAGUAAAUGAAGCAAUACGCAUUACAGUGGUACCUCGGUUUACAUACGCUUCAGGUUACAGACGCUUCAGGAUACAGACUCCGCAAACCCAGAAAUAGUACCUUGGGUUAAGAACUUUGCUUCAGGAUGAGAACAGAAAUCGUGCAGCAGCGGCGUGGUGGCAGCUGGAAGCUCCAUUAGCUAAUGUGGUACCUCAGGUUAAGAACAGUUUCAGGUUAAGAACGGACCUCCGGAACGAAUUAAGUACUUAACCCGAGGUACCACUGUACUGUCUAAGGAGGGGAUGGUGUGGUGUACAGGUACAGUUAAUUUUUCCAAGUGUGCCAGAACUAGACAAUAGGUGACUGCACCGAGCUUAAUUUAUACAGGGUGAAUCUUUUAAAAGAGGCCCCAUGGAACAUGUGUACUCUGUAUCCACAGGACCUCUUUUAACGGACUCACCCUGUAUUUGUACCUGUAGUUGAAAAGUUAUUGCUGAUCCCCCUAGUGGCCAGGCAGGGUAUAAUAUUUCAGCCUAGUUUGUAGGACAGAAGAGCCUGAAGCUGAGCACACUGGGGUAGCCAACGUUGUUGGAUAACAGCUCCCAUCCUCCCCUCAUGGGAUCCUUGGCCAUUGGGCAUCCUGUGUGGGGCUGAUGGGAGUUGGAGGGAUGAAAAAUCCACCUAUGCCUGAAGGCCUUUCAGCUUCCUGCCCAGUCUCAUAAAGGUAAAGGUAAAGGGACCCCUGACCAUUAGGUCCAGUCGUGGCCGACUCUGGGGUUGCAGCACUCAUCUCACUUUAUUAGCCGAGGGAGCCGACGUACAGCUUCCGGGUCAUGUGGCCAGCAUGACUAAGCCGCUUCUGGCGAAUCAGAGCAGCGCACAGAAACGCCAUUUACCUUCCCGCCGGAGCGGUACCUAUUUAUCUACUUGCACUUUGACAUGCUUUCGAACUGCUAGGUUGGCAGGAGCAGGGACCAAGCAACGGGAGCUCACCCCGUUGUGGGGAUUCGAACCACCAACCUUCAGAUUAGCAAGCCCUAGGCUCUGUGGUUUAGACCACAGCGCCACCUGCGUCCCGCCCAGUCUCAUAGUCCCUUGCUAUACAUCGAAGGCUGUGGAGUACUAUUUGUACCCACAUGAACCAGAAGGAAGGGGUUGGGGUCAGUGGGCUUCAUAUGACCUGGCAGCUUCUCUGUCUUAUCAUGAAUCUUUGCACCUGGAAGACGGCACACCUCCCAGGACAUCCUGCUACCUCCACACACUGCUGCCUCUGCCCCCCUAAGCAGGGAGUCACCUACCACCACCACUCGUCGUCUCCUCCUCUGAGGAGCGGCAGAAAUGGUUCUGUAAACUGUUCCUUCCACAGACAUUUUGGUGUAUUCUGAGGUCUGCAACUGCUGUCCUUGCUCCUCUGGCGCAGAAUCAGUGUCCAAGGUGAGGGCAUGGAAUCAACCUUGCAGCUCCAGUAAUACAUGGAUCCUGGCAGUCUCGCAUCCACGUGUUGUGUUCCUCCAGGGGUUCGUCUCCUGCACUGGGAGAUCUUCCACCUCCCUAGGGGGACCUCAUCUGCAUCACUGCUCCAGGACGGUCCACUCUGCUCUAUCAAGGAAUUCCUCCUCUUGGCCAGUAGCUCAGAGUGUGGCUAAGUGAGCUCACGUUGCUGUGCCUUCUCGUUCAGCAAGGCAACCGAGUGUAGUUUUGCCCCUUCUCGCGCAAGAAGACAAACAUGGCACAGGUGUUGCUGGUCACUGCAGCAGCUCCCUCACCACCCACGUCUCUUGGUCCUGGGUACCCCAUGAGGCAGCACUUGGGACCUUCCCCUCAAACCACCCUCACAAAUGCCUCUGUUUACAAGUUCAUAUCAUAAUAUCUCACAAUAAUGAUAUUAUACAACCAUAUUUUAUAGCCAUAUCAUUAAAUCAUGCAACCACAAGAUCACAUUAUCAUACAAUCAUAAGAUCCCAAUACAGUGUUCCCUCGGGUUAAGAAGUUAAUUCGUUCUGGAGGUCCGUUCUUAACCUGAAACUGUUCUUAACCUGAGGUACCACUUUGGCUAAUGGGGCCUACUGCUGCGGCCGUGCCGCCACCGCACAAUUUCUGUUCUCAUCCUGAAGCAAAGUUCUUAACCUGAGGUACUAUUUCUGGGUUAGCGGAGUCUGUAACCUGAAGCGUCCGUAACCCAAGGUACCACUGUAUCUUGCAAUCAUAAUAUCAUACAAACACAACACCAUAUAGAUACAUAAUCACAACAUCACAAGGUCAUACAAUCUUAAUAUCACAAAUCACUAUAUCAUAAUAUCAUAUCACACAAUCACAUCAUAACAUCAUCAGAUAUAAUAGCCCUCAAUGAUACCCCCCACAUAUGAUUGGAUGAAUGUGUGACAGUGUGAUAUGAUUUUAUGAUAUUGUGAUUUGUGAUAUUGAUUGUAUGAUAUGAUGAUUGUGUGAUAAUCAUGUUUGUAGUGUGUUAAUUUUUUUUAUAGAGACAAGCUAACCAGAUCCAUUUUGCACAUUUGGCCAUUCUGUUCCCAAGAUGGACCAUGGAGUGGUUUGUGACUUUUCCUGACCACGAAUAUACAGUCUUAUGGGACUGAGUCAGUUGUAAAGUCUGUCUGGUUGCCAUUCUCAGUUUAAAUGGGAAUAAACACCAUUAAACUUAUUAGGACUUAGUUUGCAUUUCUUCUGAUGUAUGCAAAUUGUGUGUAAUUUUGUCUAAAAUUUGCACUUUUGCAGCCAGUUUCCCCUAAUAUAGUAUAGGUUUUUAUAUUGCUUUCAUCAGUAUAGUAUGUAUUUUUAUGUACACUUUCCCCAAGUAUAUACUCUCUUUUUUUUACAUACUUUUAAAAAUUGGAGAUCCGCCCUGCAAAAUUUGGAGGGGUGUGAAUUUCAAAUGAUAGAUGCGUUGGGUUCAUCUGCUGCCUUUGGGAAGUGUUAAUUGGGUAGAGUCACAAUGAAAUGGGAACUGAUUCAGUUUCUCACAUGUCUUCAUUUGCAUCCCAAGCUAUGAAGAUCUACAAGCAACAUUUAGAGUGUACUUGUAUUACUAAAGGAUAUGCUGGUGACAGCAUUUAUCCUAAUCUUUUCCCAAAAAUUUUUUUUAAACAGUGAGAAAUACAUUUUUAGUUGGUGUUCUUUUUUUAAACUGAGCUUCUUUCACCCUCGUCAUAUGAAGUCAAACAUUUUCAUGUGAGAUGUUGAAGGCCUGUGGAUUAUUAAUUAACUUGAAGUAGCAACUAGUAAAUUUCAUACAGUCAUACCUCAUGUUAUGUCCGCUUCAUGUUACGUUCUUUCAGGUUACAUCCCACAGCGACCAGGAAGUACCGGAAAGGGCUUUUUCCGGGUUUCGCCGCUCAUGCAUGCGCAGAAGCGCUAAAUUGCGCUUCGCGCAUGCACACAAGCAGAAAAUCGCACCGUGCACCUGCGCAGAUUUGGUGCUUCAGGUUGCGCUCUUUUCAUGUUGCAAACGGGCCUCCGGAACGGAUCCCGUUCGCAACCAGAGGUACCACUGUACUCUAUGUAAGAAUGCAAGAACGCAGAACGUAAAAAGAGACCUGCAGCUGGAUGAGGCCAGGGGCCCAUCUGGUCCAACAUUCUAUUCCUACAGUGGCCAACUAGAUACCUCAAUGAGGAGGCCACAGGCAAGACCUGAGCCCAACAGCCCCUCUCCCCGCCCCCUUGUGAUUCCUAGCAUCUGCCACUCAGAGGCGGACUGCCUCCAACAGAGGGGGUGAAACAUAGGCAUCGUGGCCAGCAGCCUGUUCCUCCAAGAAUAUAUCUAAUCCUCUUUUGAAGCCAACCAGGUUGGUGGCCAAAAUUGCUUCUUGUGAUAGAGAGCUCUCCCUCGUAGGGACCUCAGGUGGAACUUAUUCAGCUUCUGUCUGUAGAAUAAGUUUGGUUUACCUUUCAAGACAGGGACGUGGGUGGCGCUGUGGUCUAAACCACAGAGCCUAGGGCUUGCCAAUCAGAAGGUUGGUAGUUCGAAUCCCCGCAACAGGAUGAGUUCCCAUUGUUCGGUCCCUGCUCCUGCCAACCUAGCAGUUCGAAAGCACGAAGUGCAAGUAGAUAAAUAGGUACCGCUCCGGCGGGAAGGUAAAUGGUGUUUCUGUGUGCUGCUCUGGUUCGCCAGAAAGUGGCUUAGUCAUGCUGGCCACAUGACCCGGAAGCUGUAAGCCGGCUCCCUCGGCCAAUAAAGCGAGAUGAGCGUCGCAACCCCAGAGUCAGUCACGACUGGACCUUAUGGUCAGGGGUCCCUUUACCUUUACCUUUCAAGACAUUAGCUGUAACAGCACGUGUGUGAUGGAAUCUGUCCCAUUUCUUCAUUGUCUGAAUAGUCAGGUGGCGCUUGGGUCCUGCUUACAAGUCUCCCAUAAGAUGGAUUUUGAUUAGAUUAUCAACCCUAAUCAAAAUCUCAAACAGGAAUGGAAAUGUGUAGAAGAAUACAUGACCAAAAGAUGCUCCAACAAGAAUUUAUUGAUAUGUAUAGACUGAUUUCACAAAGUUAAGUUAAGCUAAGCAGAUAUAUAAGAUUGAAUGUUUAAUUAUCAAGAUACAAAAUUACAAUCUUAAUAAUAAAGUUGCAAAUAAUAACAAGGAAGUCACUCACAGGUGGAGGGAAGACACAGGGCAAGAAAUAAGAAAGGGAUAAAUGUUGGAACUUAAUGAAAUGUGAAAAUGUGAAUUUACGAAUAUAAUGUAUAUGUAUCAAUAUGUAAAGAUCUCAUAUAGGUAAAGGGUAAAGGGACCCCUGACCAUUAGGUCCAGUUGCGGAUGGCUCUGGGGUUGCGGCACUCAUCUCGCUCUAUGGGCCAAGGGAGUCAGCGUACAGCUUCCGGGUCAUGUGGCCAGCAUGACUAAGCCGCUUCUGGCAAACCAGAGCAGCGCACAGAAACGCUGUUUACCUUCCCGCCGGAGCGGUACCUAUUUAUCUACUAGCACUUUGACGUGCUUUCGAACUGCUAGGUGGGCAGGAGCAGGGACUGAGCAACGGGAGCUCACCCCUUCACAGGGAUUCGAACCACCGACCUUCUGAUCAGCAAGCCCUAGGCUCUGUGGUUUAACCCACAGCGCCACCCGUGUCCCAUCUCAUAUAUGUACUGCAACAUAAAUAUAUAUAAAAAAGUCUCCGGUAAGAUGGGGCAUCUGGUUGGCCGCUGUGAGAUCAGGAUGCUGGACUAGAUGGGCCUUUGGCCUCAUCCAGCCGCAGGGUUCUUUUUACAUACUACCCCCCCACCCUCUCUGAAUAAUACUUCCUGGGAUUGCAAGUGCAGAGGGUGCUCAGGUCCUGCCUCUGGGCGUCCCACAGGCAUCUGGUUUGUCAAGGUGAGAACAGAAUGCUGUACUAGAUGGGGCACUAGCCUGACCCAUGUUCUUCUUUCGUUCUCUCUCCACUGUUGGAGGCAGUAUAUGCCUCUGGAUAGAAGGAAUUACUAGUGGAGAAAGGGUGUUUGCAUUCAGGUCCUCCUUUUGAGCCUCUCACUGAGGCCACCUGGCUGGCCACUGUGAGGCCAGGAUGUGGGUCUAGAUGGGCAUGUGGCCUGUUUCUUCUUAAGUCCUGUUUUACAGUCCCUGCUGGCUUCUUCUUUUACCUACACUUAUUCUGCGUUUAUAUUUUGCAGGGGUCCUGGCAGCUGGGGAGCACACAUUCCCUUUCCAGUUCCUGCUUCCAGGUACAGUGAAUUUAUUCUUUUGCUCUCUUGUUCCCAUUGAUUUCCAGGACUGCGACUGAACAGUGACUUCAGACUUCCUAUAACCUCGAUUUUAACGUCCUGUGAGCACAAUCACAGGGUUGCCUGGGGUGUCAUGCAAGUGCUUAACUGCCGUCAGAUAUUGCUAUUAUUAUUGGUAAUUUUAUUUGGAUUUCUUACCUGCCUUUCACCCUAACUUACCAUGGCAGGCUGCAAUGAUUUAAAAUACGCUGUUAAAACAGCUUACAACUAAGUUAAAAAUCAUAGGAGUGUGGUGGGUCUCAGUUGCAUCAGCGGACAGAAAAGGGAGGUUUAUUUUCAGCAAACGACAAAAACUAUGCAACAAAGGUGUCAGAUGCACCUCUGUGGGGUGGGAAUUCCAAAACCUGUACAAGAGCUAGCCAUGGUUUUGUGUCAAGUGAAUGAAUGUGAAUGAGGUGCUGUUCUAACAACCACAGUCUGCUUUCAGCCAGCCCCCACCUGUCCACCUUGCUGCUUACUGUUCAGUCCAGGGGCUUUUACUAGCUGUCAGAUUCUGCCACCGCCUCCUCCAUCUCAAUGUUGCCUUUGUAGAUGGAGGAGGAGGAAGAGGACGGGAACGGAACUAGAAUGGGUUGGCUCUUCCUCCCCUUUGGCUGCACCUCUUGUUGGGCUCCCUGUCUUAUUUAUUUGUUUAUUCAUUAAAUAUACCGGGUUUUUUUGCUCUAUAAGACUCACUUUUUCCCUCCUAAAAAGUAAGGGGAAAUGUGUGUGCGUCUUAUGGAGCGAAUGCAGGCUGUGCAGCUAUCCCAGAAGCUAGAACAGCAAGAGGGAUCGCUGCUUUCGCUGCGCAGCGAUCCCUCUUGCUCUUCUGGCUUCUGAGAUUUAGAAUAUUUUUUUUCUUGUUUUCCUCCUCCAAAAACUAAGUGCGUCUUGUGGUCUGGUGCGUCUUAUAGAGUGAAAAAUACGGGUACAGUGGUGCCUCGCAAGACGAAAUUAAUCCGUUCCGCGAGUGUCUUCGUCUAGCGGUUUUUUCGUCUUGCGAAGCAACCCUAUUAGCGGCUUAGCGGAUUAGCGCUAUUAGCGGUUUAGCGGCUAUUAAAGGCUUAUCGGCUUAGCAGCUUAGCUGCUAAAAGGCUAUUAGCAGCUUAGCGGCUUAGAAAAAGGGGGGGGGGAAGCGAAAAAAAAUCUCAAGACUUGCAAGACAUUUUCGUCUUGCGAAGCAAGCCCAUAGGGAAAUUCGUCCUGCGAAGCAACUCAAAAACGGAAAACCCUUUCGUCUAGCGGGUUUUCCGUCUUGCGAGGCAUUCGUCUUGCGGGGCACCACUGUAUGUACGAUCCUUCAUCUGAGUUCACAUGGUCACAAGUCACUAUGGGCUCAUACACACUAAUUGUUCACUGUGCUUUUUAGGCACAGGUCUGUGCUUUUCCAGUCUGUGUCGUAGCAUUUCUAUUUUAAUUUUUUCCUCCUCAGCCGCUUUCCUCAUGGAAACCCACUCUUUAAGGCACUUGGCAACUUGCAGAAAAGCCCAAAUUGUCAUUUGUUCCAAUUCGGCGUUAAAGAUCAGGUUUUCUUGGUGAAAGUGGUGGGGUUGGGGGAAAGUACUCUAGCACUGUCCAGGAAAGUGCGGGUCUGUUGCCUAGAAAGCAUGGGGCAAAAUUUAAAUGUGAAUGAGCCCUACAGCUGAAUAUGUGGAACAGAAGCUGAUCUGCUGUGCUCCCCCCCCCCACACACAAUUUGCACCCAUCAGUGUCUUCAGGUUCAAAUCAUGCCCUCCAUUCUCUCUCUUAAUUUUUAAAAUUGGUUGUUUCUAUAAAAAACCGUGAAACAUUAAACAAGAACGUUAUUCCCCUCCCAAAAAACCCCUACUUAUUCAUCAUAUUUUUUGUUUGUUUGUUUUAAUUGAAUGGCUGAACUUUGACUUUGUGUGUGUGCAUAAGACCAUCUUCUCUGUUAUGAAGCUCACUGGGUGGACUUUGGGCUGGUCACACCUUUCCUGCCUAGCCAAGUUGCAGAGUUGUUAAGCUGGUGUCCAUGGGGGUGUUUCCAGUUUGUCUUGAGGGUUUGUUUGUUUGUUUGUUUGUUUAAAGGAAGCCUGGGAUAUAAAGAAUAAACAGUUAACUAAAAUAACUAGGAACUUCUAAAUCAGGUUUGAAAAAGAGAGUUUAAAAAUGCUUAGAAAGAGGGGCUGCUGGCUGACGCAGAACCCCACAUAUAUUAAGGAAAAUAGAAACAUCGCCACCCGACCCCACCCCCACUCACCUUUCCCCCAUUUUCUUCCCAAUGUCUCAACAAAUGAAACUGAUUUGUAAAAAAUGUUACUUGAAGAAAAAAGAGAGAGAGAGAGACAUUGCACAUGAUUUUGUAAACCAAGAAAAUCUUUAAUAAAAAUACAUUAAAAAAGAAAAAAGAAAGAGGGGCUGUUGAAGAACGUGUCUAUCUGGGGCUAUUCAUAGUCCAUGCAAACACCAAAUUAAAAACAGACUUUGAUGCAAAGCACAUAACUGAACAUUCCUAAGAAUAUUUACAUUCUGAAAUUUGAUAUCUAUACUAAUUAUGGAUUGUAUGGAUUUCAUCAUGCCGUUUCUGGAACAUCGAUUUUAUCAUGUCCCUUUUUAAAAAAAAUGCUGUACCAUUUUUCUACUACAGUGGUGCCUCGCAAGACGAAAUUAAUCCGUUCCGCGAGUAUCUUCGUCUAGCGGUUUUUUUGUCUUGCGAAGCAACCCUAUUAGCGGCUUAACGGAUUAGCGCUAUUAGCGGUUUAGCGGCUAUUAAAGGCUUAGCGGAUUAGCAGAUUAGCUGCUAAAAGGCUAUUAAAGGCUUAGCGGCUUAGAAAAGGGGGGGGAGCAAAAAAAAAAUCUCAAGACUCGCAAGACAUUUUCGUCUUGCGAAGCAAGCCCAUAGGGAAAUUCGUCCUGCGAAGUGCAUUGAAAACGGAAAACCCUUUCGUCUAGCGGGUUUUCCGUCUUGCGAAGCAUUCGUCUUGCUGGGCACCACUGUAUGUAUGCUCCAUAUUUUAUUCUGUAACGUACAUUGCUUAGAGAGCUAUGAUUGCAGGUGAUUCAUGAAUAUUUUAAACAAAUAAGAACAAUUGGCAUUCAUAAGGCAGCUUACAGUAUCUGCCUGCUUUUCCUUUUUUUAAAAAAAAAAAAGAGAAAGCAACAAUUUUCUAGUCCUUAUGACCUGCACAACAUACGGCCCACUUGCAGCUCCCCCAAGGAUUUUGGGUGGCCUGCAAAAAAUGUAAAAGAAAGUAAAGAUGUAAUGAGUGCUUUUCCAUGUGCCACUUGAACUGCCUUCUGCUAUUGUGCCCAAUGUUUUUCUUCUAGGGGAAAAAGGUGCUGGUACUGCAUACCCCUGAGUAGCUCCAGAAUAAAAGCGCUGAUUGUGCUCAUCAUGUAAUUUGGUGGAUGGGUUGCCACUGAGCAUUCUCUCCUGUUUGUUACGUAACCCACGGCAACCAACCAUUGCCAAUCCAACUCUAGUCCGAGAGUUUCCUGCUUGGCAGAGGGUUGGACUCGAUGGCCCUUGUGGUCUCUUCCAACUCUAUGAUUCUAUUCUAUGAUUCUAGGAGUGAGAGUCAUAUAUUUCCGCUGUGUUUUUGGUUGUUACUGGCAUUGGACAGGGACCAACGCAGCUGACACCCGCUAUGCGGUGAGCGGCAGAAACAUGGGGGCUUCUUACCCCGCCCUUGCUGCCCACCAAGUUAAUUUAUAUUAAUUGAAAUUUCCCUUUUUAAUAAUAUGGUUUAUUUGCAAAACAGUUUAAUCAUUAAUUAUAACUUUACUUGGAAAUUGGUCUGAAGAAGUUUAACAAGGUAAAGGGAUCCCUGACCAUUAGGUCCAUUUGUGGCCGACUCUGGGGUUGCGGCGCUCAUCUCGCUUUACUGGCUCUGUGGUUUAACCCACAGCACCACCCCCUACCUACUGCCAAGUUGUGCAGGUCUGCCUUAUGGUCAGGGUCGGCUCAGCCAUGAGGCGAAGUGAGGUGACUGCCUCAGGUGGCAAGAUCCACCAGGGCAGCAGAUCCUGAUGUCAACCUUUCCCCCCACCGCCACCUUAUUCCUGAUGUAGAUCUUCCCUCACCAUUUCUUCCCUGGUGGGGAGGGAGGUGCCAUUUUGGGGUCUGCCUCAGGUGCCAAAAUGUCUUGGUUUAUCCAUGCUUAUAGUUAUAAAAUGCCCCACAUCACCCUCCUCCCCAAAGCCAUCAGAAAUCAAGAAGAUGUACGGUUUUGGUUUUACUUCUAAUGUUUGCAAAACAUAUGCAUGUCAAAACCUUUUCCUAGAGUAGAAUGAGAUUUUGGCAAAAUAUUUUCUAGUGCAAGUCAUAAGAAAGUGUGUUUGUGUGGGUGUUUAAAAGGGGGGGAAGUACAUUAUAUGCCAUGUCUUGUCUCUUUUCUCUUUGGAAAACAGCUUCAGCUCCUACAUCCUUUGAGGGUCCCUUUGGGAAGGUCUUGCACCAGGUCAAAGCUGUGAUAGAGACACCACGGUUUUCCAAGGAUCACAAAUGCAGCAAGAUAUUCUAUGUCCUCUGCCCGCUGAACCUGAAUGAUAUCCCUGAGAUUGAGGUAAGGGUUGGUGGGAAGGAAGGAAGGAAGAUGGUAGGCACCCCCACACCUUGCUUUUCAGUCCCAAGGGAUAGAUCAUUAAACCACUUUGGGAAUUCCGUGAGGGGAAUAGGAAUCUCCCCGCCAUCUUCAGCAACCUUAAACUAUAGUUCACAGGAUUCUUAGAGGAGGAGCCAAUGACGGUUCAAAGUGGCCUUAUAGUGCUUUAAAUGAAUAGUGCAGGUGGGGCCUAACUCAGUGGGAGGCAGGGUGUGUUUUCCCUUCUCAUCCUAGUGUUCCUUUUCUGCAGCAGCCAAACACAACGUCGAUCACAAAGAAGUUCAGCUACAAGCUCGUGAAAACUGGCAACGUGGUCCUGACAGCCACCACAGACCUCAAGGGCUACGUUGUAGGGCAGGUCAUCCAGUUGCGGACAGACAUUGAGAACAAAUCAGGCCGGGACACCAGCACCAUUGUAGCCAGCCUCAUCCAGGUAACCGGGCUAGGCUUUUGAUAGUGUAUUGUAGGUGCUCAGCUUUGCUUGAGGGGCACUUGUUCAUUUUUCGUUCCCUUGCUGCAAAUGCAAUCUUAGGAACAUAGGAAGCUGUCUUUAUGAAGAAUUAGGAUUAGCUGUUGAUGAAUCCAAGGCAAAACUAUAGGGUUGUAUUCAACUGAGUUCUUCUCAGAAUAAUAGGCCCAUUUUGGAGUACUUGGAGUAGGUCUGGAUGUUGUUGUUUAGUCGUUUAGUCGUGUCCGACUCUUCAUGACCCCAUGGACCAGAGCAGGCCAGGCACUCCUGUCUUCUACUGCCUCCCGCAGUUUGGUCAAACUCAUGCUGGUAGCUUCGAGAACACUGUCCAACCAUCUCGUCCUCUGUCGUCCCCUUCUCCUUGUGCCCUCCAUCUUUCCCAACAUCAGGGUCUUUUCCAGGGAGUCUUCUCUUCUCAUGAGGUGGCCAAAGUACUGGAGCCUCAGCUUCAGGAUCUGUCCUUCCAGUGAGCACUCAGGGCUGAUUUCCUUCAGAAUGGAUAGGUUUGAUCUUCUUGCAGUCCAUGGGACUCUCAAGAGUCUCCUCCAGCACCAUAAUUCAAAAGCAUCAAUUCUUCAGUGAUCAGCCUUCGUUAUGGUCUGGAUACAACCCCUUAUUUUCCCCUUCUCUUCUCCCCAACCCAGAAAGUUGCCUACAAAUCCAAGCGGUGGAUCUAUGACCUGAGGACCAUAGCGGAAGUGGAGGGUUCGCCCGUGAAGGCCUGGAAGCAUGCAGAAUGGAGGGAGCAGAUUCUCGUCCCAGCGCUGCCUCAGUCCAUCCUUCAAGGCUGCAGCCUCAUCCAUAUUGACUACUACAUCCAGGUAAGGUCCAAGUUCUGCUGAGGACUAUGAGCACAGGUUGUGGGCUACCAAUAUAGCAGAGGCAGCAGGGGGCCUUUUUCAGCCCGAGGGCCACAUUUCCUCCUGGGCAGCCUCUUGAGGGCCAGAAGCAAAAGUGGGUGAGGUAACAGGGAAACAGGUGUGUCAAGCAGCAUAUAUAUUUUGUAAAUAAUAAAAAAACACCUUCCAGGCACCAACAUCCCUAGGGAGGGAUGAAAUGUAGACCUGAAGGCUAGACGGAGAGGUCUGGAGAGCCAUAUUCAGCCACUGGGACUGACGCUUCCACACCCCUGAUAUAUGGGUCCUUGGUCUGACCCCACAGGACUGCUCCUUAUAGAGUCAUAGAGUUGGAAGGGCUCUAAGGGCCGUCCAGUCCAAACCCCUGCAAUGUCCUCAUGCUUGUGUCAUAUUGUUGUCUCCCUGCCCCUAGGUUUCCCUGAAAUCUCCUGAGGUUUCUGUUGCUCUCCCGAUCUACAUUGGCAACAUCGCUGUGAACAGGAUCCCCCUCAACCCGACCCGCUCAGUCCCUCACAUCCCGUCGCCCGUGAUCCCGAGUGCACCACCGGUGGACGAGGAGGCUGCAGGUGGCUACCACCCCAUGGACAACAUUUCCAUCCCCACCAAGAGCCACUCCCAGCAGCAGCCUUUCAGCUAUGCACCAGGCUUGAGCUUCCCAGAAGCAAGGCUGGACUCGGAGCAGGGCAGCUCGCCCAACCACCCCACACUCUGCCUCUCGACAGGAGCGACGGUCCCUUACUAUGCCGAGGGGACGGUGGUUCCGGUUCCCACAGCCAGCUCCCUCAUCCUGCCUCCGGAGUAUAGCACCUGGGGUUACCCCUAUGGUAAGCGCCUGCCUAGCCUCAGAUAGGAUUCCCUGGCUGGGGCAGAGACCCCAGGAGCUGUGCUGUUUCCCAUAUGGGCAGCAGUGUGUGAUUCCUAUGGGGACUGGUGGGGCAGAAGGGCAAGGAGGCCAGCAGUAAGUGGCACCAGAGCAGAUGACAAAGCCAGUGUAUUCUAUCUUGGUCUCCUCCUCCCUCCUGAGUUCUGAAGGGCAACACCGAGACUAAAAAGGAAGGCCCACAGCUCUGUGACAGAGCACCUGCUUUGCACGCAGAAGAUCCCAUGUUCAGUUCCCAGCAACUCCCAGAAAGACCGGGAGAGUCUCUUUUCUGGGGAAUUUGCUACUAGGCAGCCUCAACAGUACUGAACUGAAUGGACCACAGCUUCUUAUGUUACUCUGGCUGCAAACGGUUAGAGCUCCUGGACCACUGAUCUGUGGACCAUAAGAACAUCAGAAGGCCAGUGGCCCAUCUAGUCCAGCAUCCCAUUCUCGCAGUGGCCAACCAGAUGCCUGCAGGACCUGAGCUCCAGAGCCCUCUCCCCUUGUGCAGGUUGCAACAACUGGUACUCAGAAUCAUUGCUGCCAUGGAGGAAAGCCAUCAUGGCUAGUAGACACCAUUAAAUUUACUCCUCUGUUAAUUGGUCUAAUCCUCUUUUGAAGCCUUGCAAGUUGGUGGCCUUUGCAUCCUCCUGUGAAGUUAAGUUCCACAGAAUGACUAGGGACAGACUGUGUGACCACAGUUUGAAAACCUCUGAACUAGAUGGCUUUCAACUUCUCUCUCUCUUUUGCUUCCUUCCAGAGGCACCCCCUUCAUAUGAACAAAGUUGCAGCAGCGCAACCUCCAGCCUGAGCAAUGGCAACUAGCCACGAGCUCACAACUUGAUGUCUGGCAUGCCAAGCUGGGAGAAAGGACAGCACAAAACAUUGCCUGGAGGGGGCGCUCUCUCCCCCAGCAAUAGUUCCCUGGGCCAUGGCUGCCUUGCACAACAAUCUCUUUCCUUGUGCUGUACAGUUCAUCAUCUUACUUGCUGCUUUAUAAUCCGAACACCCGUGAUGCCUUAUCUGAAAUGUGGGAGUCAUCGUGUAUGGAAAGAUAGAGGUGUGUGCAGAUCAGUGUGUGUGUGUGUGUGUGUGUGUGUGUGAGAGAGAGAGAGAGAGAGAGAGAGAGAGAGAGAAUGACAUAACAAACAAAUGAAUGAAUGAAUGUACAUAUGUAUAUACUUUGAGUGCCACCCCAUAUCUGUUGUGUGCUAACCAGAAAAGGUGUGUGGGUGUAGACAAAUUGCUUCUCUGCUGGGCAUCCUGUGAUUUAAGCCCAGUGCGCCCUUUUGCAGUAGCUUGCCCUCUAGAGAACAGUACAGGCAGUGCAGGAAGAGCUGCUAUCAACAUUCCUUCUGAUGUAGGGCAACUGGCAUUUCCCUGCCAUUUUUAAAAAAAAUGUGGCAUAGCACAUCUGAUUUUUACUCUGGGUGCUUGUAGUAGUUCCUUUUUUGGCUCUUGAGUGCUUGUAGUAGCUACCAUUUUCCCUCUCUCUGCCACCCCUGUAAUCCACAGACUGGAGACAACAGACAAUCACAAUUCUAGCCUAACUCUACCUCUUGACUUUGCUUCUUCCAGGAAGUGAGUCCAGAUGGAGGAGGGGAAGGAGGAGAGCUUUUUGGAAAAGAGAAGAAAAACAUACAGUUUGUUAAGCAGAAUUCCAAAUAGUUAGGAGCUUUGGGUAGUGAUGUACUUGAUCCAUUGGACAACGGUGGGUGGGAACAAGUCUUGUGCUGCGCUCCACAGUGAGUGCCUCUGCAGCUUUGCAGCUCAUGGCCAGUGGAGGUGUGAGGCUGGUUGGCCAUAUUCCUUCUGGAGUUUUCCUCCUCCUUCAAUUAGAGAGUUCUGGCUGCUUACUAGCAUAGCAGUUUUAAAAGUGGACUAGCUGUUGCCCAGAGAGGCUCCUGGCCUCUGCAGUCUCAAUGUUACAGAACAGCCAAUGUCAAAGUACUUUUAAAGCAGGGCUUCUGACACACUGUGUGUGUCUGUGGGUUUGUGGGGGUUUAUUUUUCCCAUGGCUAUUUACCACAUUGGGCGUUAUGUUUUUCUGUGUGUGCAAGUCUGAUCUGCUAAGCGCCACCUCUGGAGUAGUGAAGCCUUUUUCCUUUCUCUCGGCCAGCCUCUCUUCAUGAGCUCCUUCAAGUUUGCUGGGUGGCUGAUCCAGCAACAUGGACAUGCAAACGUUCACAUUCCCAGCACCACGUGGUUUUUAUAGGACAAUUGAUCCUCUUCCACGACCCUUUUUAUUUGUGUCUUUUUCCAAUCAGCUUUGUUUAAAUGGUGAAACUUUGAAAACACAGAUUUUAAUGUAUUUAAUAAAUUAUUCUGAGACCUUGAAUGUAAAAA